AUGCGCAGUGACACGGCUCCGGCUGGCAGCGCUGCUGAGCUCAGCAUGUCCCCAGCACAUGUGGGCUGGGCAAGGUCUCACUCUCCCAUUGGGCGUUCCCGCAGCGUCCCGGCUCCUGAUUGGUCAGUCUCUUUGGAACCGUCGGCGUGGACGGAAGGAGCUUAGCUGAAUGGGCAGCAGUGCUGAUAGGAGUCAGACAGGGGCUGCAGGUACAGUAUGGAGGGAUCCCAGCGUGAACAUUAUUAUAUCACAAUAUAUUAAUACAUAAUGAAUGGCUCACACCUGGGGGAGGGGGGGGUGAAUACUUUAAUAAAUCCAUAAUUAAAUAAAGGCAUUAAUUAACCCAAAAAUAAAUACAUUAACCCAUAAUUAAAUAAAUACAUUAACCCAAAAUUAAAUAAUUACAUUAAUUAACCCAAAAAUAAAUACAUUAACCCAAAAAUAAAUAAAUACAUUAACUCAAAAUUAAAUAAAUACAUUAAUUAACCAAAAAUUAAAUAAAUACAUUAACCCAAAAAUAAAUAAAUACAUGAAUAAACCCAAAAUUAAAUUAAUUAAUUAACCCUUAAUUAAACAAAUACAAUAAUUCAGGAAUUAAUGUGAACACUCUAACUUAUAUAAUACAAUAUUAAUAGAUGGGAUAAUCAGAAUUAGUCAUUGUGUUUGCUUUAUAGUGGCCAGAUCCACUUUAUAUUCAUGGAUAUCCAGCCAUUAUUAAAGCUGUUGGGUUGGACAGGAAAAAUGCUGCCCUGAGCCUGGUAGCAGGCUAAUGUUACAAGCAAUAAAUUAGUUAUAAAUGUAGGUCUUUGGGGAUCUCCUUAUUUAUAACAAUCUAUCAUCCUCCCUGUACUAUGUUAUUAUCGUAUGGCAUGUUAUAAAGUGCAGGGCAGCAGCUUUCCUGCACUGCCAGUCAGAAUGCCCCAAGUUAUUUGUGUCCAGGGAAAAAACUAGUAGGUCUGGCAAUUAUAAUUGGCUUCAUGUUGAUAUAACUAGCACUGUAAUAUAAAUCUACCUCACAUGCUUCUCUGUUUGUUUGUUUUUUACAUGUUUUUGUGACUCAUAAAUAUGUCUGGAUCCUAAAUUCUUUUAAAAAGAAAAACAUACUUCUCAUUGAAUUGCAGUGUUUUUCUCUGUCUACGCUUAGACAUAUUUGUACAAAUCAAAAAACAAAUACAGGUUGCGCCUAAUGACCAAUAAAUACUGUAAUUAACCAAAUCGUUCAAGAAUACCAAGACAAAAUAUUUUUCAACAGUCCUGGUUAUACUUUUUUUUUUUUUUUUUUUUUUUUUUUUACCCAGAACUGUUUCUGUUUUCAGUUGUGCAUUGUUUCUUGGGGCCUUUGAAGGAGUCCCCUUUCUCACGGUUGGUUGCCGUAGGUAAGUGUUGUUUAGAUAUAUAUACAUUAUUUUGGGUUUUUUCUGCUUGAUAUUUAUACAAAUAUCUUAUAUGUUAACACUGAUUUCCAUUCGUUGUUUAGCUUGUUUUUAUUUUUUUUGCAAGUCCUCUUUAAGUCAUAAAAAAAUCUUUGUUUGAAAUAAAUACACAGCACAAUAAAUAUGAAGCAAUAAUUAGCAUUUUAAUGUUUUGCUUGUUUAUAUAAUUCUAUGCAAAUAUGAAUUCAUGUGCUGAGAAAGUGGGGAAUGGAGGCAUGCAAAAAAAAUGGUAUAACUUAUUUGGUAUUUUAUUAAUCCGAAUAAUUCCUCCACUAAAUAGACUUGUGGUGAAUUUAAAAGACAAUUGUAAAGUUUAGACCAAAAUAGCUGUACUGGAAAAUAUAUUUAAUUUAGGAUUUUUUUUCCCUGACAUUAACCUAAACAUUUCAAUUCAAUUGUUGUUUCACAACAAUUCACUGUUUAGUGACAUAAACCCAUUAAUAUUUUUUAUCAUAAUUUAUUAACUGCUAAUUUGAACAUUAACUUGUAAUUUAUUGUGUGUUUUACCAGUAUAUAAUUCUGUAUCAUAAAACACAAAAAGAAAAAGUUUUCUAUCACGUCACUUAAAAAAUAACAUUAAUUGAAUAGGGUAACACUGAAAAAAAUCUUGGUUUCAUGCUAUUGCACAGUGAUUGUGGAGAAGUGAAAACAGAUUGUAAAGAUUUUAGGUCAAAUUAACCAAUUUGGGGUUGGAAUCUGUGGCCUUUUCUGCUGGGCUUUAAAAGCCUACAAUUCUCAUUGGUUCACGAUUGUGGUUUAUUGAAUAAAUCGUGACACUCCGGCUGCAUGUCUCCAUAAGCCUAACCUUGACCAUGCAGCACAGCUUUUCAGGGUGAUAGUGGUUUCCGUGUGAACUAUUUCACCUGCAUAUCUAAGGUACCAGUACUUUUUAAAAAAUGGUUUUAUGCGCAGUUGGAUAGUGUGUAUGUAUGAUGCAUUCUUUAACCAAACAAUGUUUUAUUUGGUUACACGUCAAUGCAAUGAUUGCUGUAGUAAAUAUGUAUUUGUUAGAAUGACAAAACAAUUCACCACUGUGCCAAUUAAGUAAAAUGGAGACACAAUCUAUAGUCCUUGACCAGAAGUUAAAAAUCUAAGUUGUGUGUACAUUGGGGCUAUCUCUAAAACAGCUUGCAAAAGCUGCAAACUCUUGUCUGAAGCCUUUGUAAUCCCCUCUCUUUUUACCCCGCCCAGACUUUCUGUGGAUGGCCAUUCAAAGACUUUCCAAUGCAGUUUAAUAAGAAGUAUUUGCAAGGCAGGUUCUCUGGCAAUUGUGGCCUCUUGAGUUUAGCUCAACUGUGCAAAACAACCAGGAAGGAAAUAACUAGUUGUCUGAUGGCCAGAGGUGUAACAAGGUUAAAGGGACACUGUAAGUAGCUAGACCAGUUCAUCUCAUUGAAGUGGUCUGAGUGCAGUGUCUCUUUAGUCUUGCAAAAUAAAACAUUGUUUUAGAAAUACAGCUUUGUAAUUCAUAAAAGUACCAGAUUCUAAUGAAAUCUGCACUUUUUGUAAAAUGAAAAAUAGUAGCCAGCCCUCAAGGCUCCCCAACUUCAAUUGGGAUUACCCAGUUUUGUUUAACCCCUUAAGGACACAUGACAUGUGUGACAUGUCAUGAUUCCCUUUUAUUUCAGGGGGGAUCCCUUAACCCCUUAAGGACACAUGACAUGUGUGACAUGUCAUGAUUCCUUUUUAUUCCAGAAGUUUGGUCGUUAAGGGGUUAAGGUGUUUUUUUUAGAAGAAAAAAAAAAACCUUAGUUCCAACUGGGUAAUCCCAAAAUCCUGGACUGGAAGGGUACCACUGCUUUAAGGUAAGAUGUCGCCUAGGUACUCCAGUCCCCAUAAUGACUUGAGAUUUUAUAGGUACUGGAGUGUCCCUUUAAAUAUAUUGGGCUCGACCUAUCAUUAGCGUCUAAAUAUGGACAAAAUAGAUAUUGCUAAUGUGGAAGCGGAACGUCUGCGUUUGCAAUAGGUUAGAAAGGGACUGGGCUUGAGGUGCCUUGACAACCCAAGUUUUGGUCAAACAAUUUAAAUAUUGUUUAACCCAGCCUAAUAACAUCAUAUCUGCUACAUAUCUGGUUAGUGUGCUUAACAAGCCACUUUAAUAACACAUGGUUACUUUUUACUGACCUGUUUUUAGCAGUGAGUGUUUAGCAACCUCACCGUUUUAAAUAAUGUGUUCGCCAUGUACGAUGAAGCUGGUCUGUUCUGAUCAUACUUCUGAAAAAAUAGAUCGUUUUUGUUUCCUCCAAAGAUUACUGCUCGAGACAUGUUCUUUGUGUAUUAACAACUGCAUUCUCAACACAGCAGAAAAAUGUUGCAAAGCAAUUGAUGUGAUUCAUUUCAUCAUAACAUGUUAUUAAUCAGGAAGAAUAUAUAUGAUUUUUCUUGUUUGUCAACCCUAGAGCUCAUUUAAAAAUGCAGAGAUUACAGUGAAACAUUAAUUAGGUACAGUUCUAUUCAAAACAAAUACUGAAGCAGUACACACUACAACAGAUACAUUUUAGUUUCUAGGCACAAUUUAGAUACACUCUCUUCCGAUUUGUGUUAAAAAAAAAUGUAUGUGAUGCAUCUUCUACUUGUCUCACGUAGGACCUUGGGAAGAGUCCAGUGGGGAUGUUUUAUCAAGUUUAUCACAAUGUAUUCAGUACUUGGCUUUUUCUAUAAUUGAAUAGUAAAUAAAGAGAAAAUGGACAGAGGUUAUAAGAGUAAAAAGAGAUGAUGCUUUGUUUUGCACAGUGGGUCCCUAUUCUUUCUUGUACGUAAUUUUGGUGUCCUGUCAAAAAAAGGUUGAGAAUGAGUGGUUUACUAGAGCUUUAUCAUAAUCCGAAUGUAGCUUAACAUGUCUUUGUCCUGUUUCCAUUAUCUUAGAACAGUCAUCAUGGAGGUGAAUAUUUCCAAAUUUAACAUCGAUGCCCCUCGAUGGGACCAAAGUACGUUUGUUGGAAGGUUGAAGCACUUCUUCAAUAUCACAGACCCCAGGACGGCCAUCGUGUCAGAACAGGAGCUAGACAGAGCAAAAAUGCUUGUGGAGGCAUGCAGGUAAGAGCCAACAAUACUGAUUUUUUUUUUUUUUUUUUCUAAUUUAAAAAAAGAGAUAACAUAAUUUUGAAGAGUCACACUAACCACCAUAACUACUGCAUCAUAAUUAAAUGCUUAAUUUGAAGAAAAAAACACUUUGCUGUCUUUUCCUUCUGAAAGUGUUUUUUUCUAGAGAGGAAUGUUUCGGGCGAGGUUGGUUGUUUUUUUUCCAUGUGUGGGACUGCCUCAUUCAGCAGUCAGUCAACCUGUUGGGAUAAAUGUAUUUAUUCAGCUGGCAGUAUCAGUGUUAAACAAUCCCAGAUGCCUUGGACAGGAUGCUAGUGGCUGAAUCACUUACGUACAGUGUAAAAGCUCCUGCUGGUUUAAUCUAUUGUGGGGUUUUUAAAAGAUUUCUUUAGAAGGGAGAGAAAGUCACAGUGAGAAUCUGACUGAGACUAGAUGGAGUUGUGGAAUAUAAAUCCAGUCAACCCCAAAAAAAGAUUUAUAUAGCAAGUCACGCUUUUAAUGGACACAAAAAUUGAUACUUAAAACAACACUUAAACGAAUACCGCUCUACAAUAAGCAUUUUUUUUAUUGUAUGCAAAUUUUAUAAAAAUCUAUGAGAGUACAUAUCUCUAUGGGAAACUUUGUAGUGGAGAUUCCUUCUGUGCGAAAUGUGAAGCAUUUGAUUAGACAAUGCCUGCCAUUAACAAGGAAGUAGGUGAUGGGCAAAAAGGAGACAGAUCUUCAUUAGCUGCAGAGACCAUGUCUGAACUAAUAAAAGAUAUGGGUCUCUUUAGGGCUUAGCAAGCAUUUUUGCAAAUUUUAGUAAAUGCAUAUUUAUUGCAGUGAUUAAUUAUAGGCAUGAAAAAUAUAUGCAUUAUUUAGACAUAGCUUUCACAUCACUUAAAAUUCAUUUGCUUCAACAAAAGAUAUAUAUAUAUAUCUCUCAUUGGAAUGUUCCUUAAAAUGUUUAGAUUACAUAUUUCACUCACAUUCUUUAAUUUUGUCAAUGAGAGCACUGUGUAGUGGUGAUGGUGCCACAAGUGCCGUAGCGCCACCCCAAUGUUUGCAAUCAAACCGUUUUGGAAUGGUUUGACUUCUAACCUGAGCUACGUCAGGCUCUCUCCAAAUCUCCACUGCUACUUACAUGGAGCCAAUAGCCCAGGCUUGUCUUGGCAAACUGGCUGAGAGUGAUCAGGUGACACCCUCAGCUACGAGAACGGACAGGAUCUCCUGGCUCUCUGUCUGCUGUAGUGAAGCAGUAGAAGUCAGGCCAUCCUAAAAUGAUUUAUUUUCGUACAUUGGGGGCGCCAUGGCGCUACUGGCACCAUAAACGCACUGUAGUAGUUAUGGUUUCAAUUGAAAUAUCCUUUUGUCCUGUUACAGGUGUGUUUACUUACUGCAGCUCUAAUCCUCCUAUUAUCACUACUUAUGAGUUGUGUCCAAUCCCAUGCUUCACAUAAAGAACGCCAAUAAUACUUCUCAUAGAGAAAAAUUUAAAACAAUGCUACUCCGUGAGAAGAGCUCACUUCCACUUUGAAAUACAGUUCAAAGCAAGUGAAGCAGGAAGCCCCUUCCAGCAGUUUGCUUAACAGCCACUAGGUUAGUGAUGGCUAACCUUGACACCAUGUGUUCUGGAAUACAUUUCCCAUGAUGCUCAGCUAGCCUUUAGAGUCUAAAAGCUAGCUGAGCAUCAUGGGAAAUGUAGUCCAGAAACAAUUUAUGGUGUCAAGGUUACCCAUCACUGCACUAGAUGUUACUAAGGGGAUUAACAAUAGGCACUUUUAUAAAAAAAUAAGCCAGAGGGGAAAUGUAGUUAACCCCUAAAGCACUUUUUAUGCAUGAUCUCCCCGGAUUCUUUCUCCAUUAUAAAAAAUACUUCUUGAUCUGUAUCUUGUAUCUCAUGAUUUCUAGAUCUAGAGUUGGGGUUCUUUUGACCUCAACAGCUAUUUGUCUGUUACAGCCUGACCCGGUACUGCAUUAGGCUAAUCAAAUUGGGAGAUAUUGUGAUAAAGACAUCCAGUGUGCUGAGCAUGGUUUGAAAGCAUAAUCAUCCUGUUAUGUUAUAUUGUUGUACAUUAAUGUAUAGGUGAAAAAUUCCCCGAUUUGGUAUUUUUGCUUGUUAUUGUUGGGCUGUGAUUUUAUUUUAUGACUCUGUUGCUCUUUUCGUUGGCAUUAAGUGUAUGUUUUGUCUAUCAGAGCAGGCUCUGCACCACCAGGAACUAGCAUAGAACAGCUACAUUAUGCUAAAAAGCUGUACGACUCUGCCUUCCACCCUGAUACUGGAGACAAAAUGAACCUGAUUGGUAGGAUGUCGUUCCAGGUCCCUGGAGGAAUGGCUAUCACAGGCUGCAUGUUACAGUUUUACAGGUACGUGGGGGAUUUCUGGGAUGGCAGUGGUACUACUCCUUGCCGUAUGCAAUGGACGUGGUGCUCUAUAAAGCAAUAUUGCAUCCAUUUGUGUGCGCAGCCUAUUGCAUUAGGGUGUGCACCCUAAAGCACAAACACACGCCGCAUGUGUGUGUGUGUGUGUGUGUGUGUGUGUGUGUGUGUGUGUAUAUAUAUAUAUAUAUAUAUAUAUAUAUAUAUAUAUAUAUAUAUAUAUAUACACACACACUGUUGUGUGUGUGCUGUUAGUGUGAUGUGUGGGUGCUGGUAGUGUGCUAUGUGGGUGAGGGUGCUGGUAGUGUGCUAUGGGUGAGGGUGCCGUUUGUGUGCUGUGGGUGAGGGUGCCGUUUGUGUGCUGUGUGUGAGGGUGCCGUUUGUGUGCUGUGUGUGGGGGUGCCGUUUGUGUGCUGUGUGUGGGGGUGCUGUUUGUGUGCUGUGUGUGAGGGUGCUGUUUGUGUCGUGUAUGUGUGAGGGUGCUGUUUGUGUGUGAGGGUGUUGUGCUGUGUGUGUGUGUUUGUAAGGGUGCUGUUAGUGUACUAUGUGUGUGAGGGUGCUGUAUGUGUGAGGGCACACCUCGUGCGCACGUCUAUGUUAGAAGCUUUCACUUGGCAUAGAUGUCAUUUAUGGGGUCUUGGCUCCUGUCACUGUAGAGGUAGGUGGCAAUUAGGUUAUGGCUCUGAGCUUAAUGUUCUAAAUCCAAUUUCAAAUGUGAGUCUUAUUGAAUGCAAUGGUUUUAACAAUUCCACAGACUCUAAAUUUAUUUGUGUGUGUGCUGAUGCGUGUAUAUAUUUCUCUGCAUUUUCUAAAAUAGCAGUGUUAAAUAAAGGAGCUAUCCUGACUUAGGAUCAAAAGGUCAAAUAGGACAAAAAAAAACCUAAAUAAUAUAUUAAUUGUAUGAUAAGACAUAUUGGAAGACAGAAGGCAAAAAAGGAUUAAUUGGAGGGUGAGGGAAUGGUAGAACAUUCACCUCUCUGGUUUAUUCCUAAAUAUUUAAUAGUCCUGAAACCGUGUGUGGCCUUGUCUCCCACGGUUAUCCACAUGUUUUGUAACACUGGAUAGGGAGGAGGGAAAAAAAAGCCUUAAAGAUUGCCUGCUUCCGAUACUAAACUGGGGCAUGAUAGUUUAUUUCUGUGAAGCUAAACUCAAGUGGCAGCAAUUGCCCAGAGCACCUGCCUUGUAAAGACUUCUCAUUUAGCUGCAAUGGAAGUCUGUGAUUGGACAGAAAGUCUGGGCUGGGUUAGAAGGGAAAGCUUGCAAAGGCUGCAGACAAGAAAUCUGCAGCCUUUGCAAGCUGUUUCUGACAUACCAACAAUGGAAAACAAUUCAUGCUUAAAUGCAUGCAUGUUUUCAUUUGGGAUAAUUAAAUAGUGAUAUAUAAUUUUAAAAACAUUGUUUGGGGAUUUGGGCAGUGGAGUGUCUGACAGUAUUUGAUCAAUGAUGACAAGUCCAAAGAUAUCCUGGGAACAAAAGAGAUUUUAAUUUAAAUUGGAGUUCUUUGUUCUUGGUGGAAUUGUCAGACUUGGAAUAGUCAGGGUUUCUGUAAUUUCUUAAGUCCUCCUUUGUCGCACUUUGUGUUACUGACCAUGUCGUGUAUUCUCGCACACACCUAAAAUAUAAAAUAAAAAAGGUACAUAAGGAAUUGUGAGGUAUAUAACUUGCAUUGAGAUGCUAUAGGCACAUAUUACCCAUUGGACAAGAGAAUUCAUGACAUCUUUAGGAAGAAUUACUAGCAAUUAUACCGCUUUCAUUUACAAUUUUUCACAAACAUGUUACAUAUAAAAACAAAACUUGAUUUUCAAAGACAUAAACCGCUUGUAAUCGGUAAGUUGUCUUUAAUAAAAGCUCAAAUGCAGCUCUAACCAUCUGGUAUUCUAGGAGUCACAUGGUUAAAUUCCAAUACUGUCUAUUCUCUCACAUUUGUCCCCAUGAGACUACAAACUGGGACUAGAAUCUACAUUAUGUUGUGUGUGAAAUUUUACAGUAACACAGCUGUUUGUGACAUGCCUGCUCACAGCCUGUGUCCCAAUGAAUCUGUUAAUCAUUGCCAAAAAUGCUAAGUCUUUUUAUCGUGAAGGUAAAUAAGGGCAAGAAGGCACAUUUGCACUUAGUGUUGGCAAAUAAUGAUGCAAUCUCUCUCAUGAGAUCUUAUUUUAGAUUAUCUGCUGUUACAUUGGGUAUAACCCUCUCCUGUUAAAGUCCAUAAAGCAUGCAUAAAAUAUUUUUCAAUUGUUUGGGAUUCUAUAAAGAAUCUUUUGUUUGUUAAAUAAUCUUGAAGGAACAUGGGUUAGGUUACAGAUAUUUUGUUUUUUCUCAGUGUAUUUAUCUUGCACUUAACCUCGUUCCGUUUAUUCCACCCCCCAACUUGCGUUGUUCCUUUUUGCUGCAAAAUACACAUUCCUGCGGGGAAAAAAGAUGUGGAUCAUUUGGAUCCUCUACACAUUAGGCUUAAACAAUGUUUAGAUGUUACAAAAAUCUUUUAAAAUCAAAUGUAUUUGUUUUAAAUCUGCUGAUACAAGAGGUACCAUCACGGAUGCACAGUGGUGAUUGGAGGCCCACUUCAUGUACCUAAUGUGCCAGUCAUUGCGGAUUACAGCUGGGGGGUUGAAACGACACCCAGAGGAGAGGAGGGAGGAGAUGGUGAGUGACGCUGAUGUGGGGGGGGGGGAGACUGUGACCGAAGAGGCAUAAAAUGGGAUUUUGAAUUGGCACUGAGGUGCAGGAGAGAGGACUGUGAAAUGAGACAGAAGAAAUAGGACAUGAGAUAGGGAGGAAUCUGUAGAACAGAAAGUGAAAUGGGGCAAAGGGACAUUUUAUAUCAUUUCUGCUUUAACUGUAUAAUGUGUUUGGAAUAUGUUAAUCAUAUAGGUGCUUAUUUUUCUUUCAAUGUUUAACACAUGUUCUCUUGGGUUAAUAUUUUAACAGAACCGUUCCAGCUGUGGUAUUUUGGCAAUGGGUUAACCAGUCGUUUAAUGCGUUGGUAAACUAUACCAAUAGGAAUGCAGCGUCGCCCAUUACACCAAGGUAAGCGUUUUGUUUCCUUUCUUUAUGAAGCUACAAUGCAUGUGAUCGCAUUCAGCUCUCCUUGAUAUAAAUAAGUGACGGCUAUGUUUGGUACUUAUAUAUUAUACUAUCCUAGGUCGAAAUACCUACAUUUAAAGGCAUUUAAAUGAGUCUUUCUCCAUUUAUGUGCAAUAAAUGAUUUAUAAUGGUAGUUUACAGCUGUGCCCACAUUGUGAUGUAAUGUAUGCAGAAGGGGAUUUAACAUUAAUAUUAGUUUUUUAUUCUGAUUCUUGUACAUACAUUCACAUUGCAACGCAUUAUAUUAUAUAUCUGUAUCAACUGACUCUGACACACAUAUUUUGCAGUUUGGAUUACCUGUAAACAGUGAUACAGGGCCGGGUAAAAUAAAUGUGGAUCUAUCGGCAGAAAGAAUCAAUUGGUUUCCAUGGUGGUUUUUGGACUUUGCCUCAGAAAUUGCUCUUUAAACAUUACAUCAAAUGUCUAAUUUAGGACACAACGAUAUCUUCUCUUCUAAAAUGUUAAUUAUCCCAUCAUAUAACUUCUGUCUAUGGUCCCUUACCUAAACUCCCAUAUUCUCUGCUUGUUUCUCAUUCUCUCUAAUGCCUCCUAUGUACCUUCUUCAUUUAGGGAGAAUGGGGUGUAUGGGAGUUGGUUGAAAACUCCUGUAGCUAAAUUAAUGGAUCUUACAUUUUAACCCUUCCUUUGAUACUCUCUUGAACUCAUAAUGGCCAUUCAAGAUGCAAACUGUAUUAAUUCCCAUGUUUAAGCUAAAAAUACAAUCGAUCAUAGUUUCCUUUUUAGAAAUUGUGUAAGAUCAGGCAUCAUCAGCAAUUUUGGUGUGUGCAGCUGCCAACAUUUACGUGAACUAUGCAUCUUUUUAAUGCAUCUACAUGCCAUCAAGCAAAUUGGGAAACAAAAAAAAAAAAAUAUAUAUAUAUAUAUAUAUAUAUAUAUAUAUAUAUAUAUAUAUAUAACAGGAAAUCUCUAAAGAUUGUGCAACUCACCCAGGAUGUCAUGAAAAAAUAUCCUACUAAGCACAGGCAGUAUUGUUACUAUUUAAAUCUGCUGUCUGAAUUUUCGAAGGCUCACUUUGCAGUGAAAGAUAUGUCAACAUACAGAUUAUAUAAUAUGAAAAAUCAAACCUUUUUUUAAAGUUCUCUUUGGCAAUCUUUCCUUGCAGAUUUUGAGACAGGUGUCUGUUUUAGUUUCCACGUGUACUGUACUUUGUGUUUAGAUUGAUCAAUCUGUUUUGUCCUAUAAUGCUGUGAAAAUCUGUGAAAAGGGGACGAGUCACCAAAUGAAUGUGCCUAUUUGUUGCAGUGGUUUCCAUGGUGAUUGUCCCACUUUUAGUACUUUAUAGAACAGAACACAUUGAUAAAUUGCACAUUUGUGUUUUACAUAAACUCACCCCCAAAUAGAGAGAAAAAUGUGUAUAAUAGAAUGCUAUAGUGUAAAUAUGGUUGAUCGUAGUAGCCUUGAUUUGCUAAUGAUUUUUAGCGGCACUUAAACAUCUUAUUGUUCCUAAAUUAGCAUUUCUUUAUUCUGUUAUUUUGAACAUGUGCAUUUUCCCUCCCCUCAUUUCUGUCUUUCUAUUUAGGCUAGAGUUAAGUAUUGUUGUUUCUGAGUAAUUCUGUAUCAAACUAUUUGCUUUAUUUUUAGCCAGAUUGGGGUAGCCUAUGUGACUGCCACAAGUACAGCAUUGGCCACCGCCGUAGGAUUGAAUCUUUAUACCAAGGUAUUGGAAUGUUUCAUCUCCGCGUCUUAGAGCGCAACUGAUGGAUACAUUGGAUUUAUUUUUGCUUUUUAUGCCAUUAGUGUAUUGCAUUGUUUUAGCGUGUGUCGAUCAAUACAACACUUUGUAGUCUACCCAUUAAUGUGUUACAUAUUCUAAAACUCUAGUCAACUGGAACAACUAUUUAAAUUGAAAAAGAUGCCCAGUAAGGUCUUUCUUGGUGACAUAUUAAUUACUUAGGCAUGUAAAACCUGCAGCGUUGGCUAAAAUAACAACAAAUACAGUAAGGUUUUAAACCUAUGGUGCUGUGCCAAGUCCGUGUGAUAUCUCUGAACAAAUAUUUUCUAAAAGUAGAGGAUUCUGGGUGUGUAGGACUCCAUUUGUAAUGACAAAAUAAUUCUUUUUACUUUCAAUGUUUAGAAAAUUCCAAUAACAUGUGCACAACUGGGAUUAUAUGAUGGACAUUGCUGAAAAACUGCAUGAUUAUUUCUGUUUUUGUACAAAGACCACAACCAGAAGCAGAGUAACUACUUUAUAAAUCUAGCAGAGAUCUUAAAGGAACACUCCAGCACUAAAACCCCCCAAAAAACACACAUUAAAAGCUGGGGUAUGGGGGGGGGGUUCCUACAAUUCCAUCCAGUACUUGUAGAUAAAAGGCGUGAACGUACCCUCUAACCCAGUGGCAAGAAGAUCUCUCUCCGCUUCUUCCUCACCACGAAGAGCACCCUUUUGGCUCUUUAAUAGCUGGGCAGCUGCUGGGAUGCAACUUUUGAAAUCAGCACUUGUGUAAAGUGGCAAGGAGAGAACCACUUUAUUAACCCCUAAAGAAAGGGUAGACACCCUUUGGCACUUCAGAUGUUGUGGACUACAUCUCCCAUAGUGCUCUUACAGACAUCCUGGCAAAACAUCAGGGGAGAUGUAGUCCACAACAUAUGGAGUGCCGACGGUUACCUGACCCUGCCUUAAAGCACAUUCGCAAGCUGAAGUGCUUUUAGUGGUUUGGGGUGUUCCUUUAAGCAGCUUCUGGUUCAUCUUCUCGCUUGUUGACCAUCGUCCGUGAUUGUGAGAUCUGUUCUCCAUUUCCAACUUCUCCUUCUGUGUUGUUGAGUAUAGCAAUACGGUUUUAGUGCUAGAAGAAUGUACUAUCCGUGGUGGAGAGGAGAAGGCUACUUUAUUAUCGUUUUUCUCCACCCCUCUCUAGUAAACCAGUAACACUGACAUCUCCCCAUUCACCUCUCCUUUUAAUUGUCUUCUUGUCUCUGACUUGCUCACACAUUGUUAUGCAGAAAGCCAGUUACUAAGUUUCAACAUUGAAAUUAAGAAUCUUUUUCAUUACACCUUUCCAUCAGAAAGCACCGCCUUUGAUUGCUCGCUGGGUCCCCUUUGUUGCUGUGGCUGCUGCCAACUGUGUCAACAUUCCCAUGAUGAGGCAACAGUAAGUAAGAGAUUUCUCUGUUUUCUGCGACUUUAGAACAUCUAGUAGAACUGUCUAUUACUUCUCUGGUAUAUGCAGCUUAUAGAAUAGGACAACGUAACAUUAGAUCACAUUUUUGUUAUUGCUAGCAGAGAAAAUACUUACUCCAAAUUAUAGGUAUAUCAUAGUUAUGAUGUUGGAUCACGUUACAGGAGAAGUCCAUUUUAUUGCUACGAUCCUUGAAUAAUCAUCAUGAUCUUGGAGUGCUGUAUGUAAAGAUUCCGUACAUCUCAGCUCUACAAAUUUCCUUAUGCAUAGUUUUAAACAAAAAUCAAUGGUGUAUAUACCAUUCAUUAUCCGUUUGCAAGUAUUGAUUAAAUAUACUUUUCCCCCCUCAUUAUUUAUAUUAUUUAUUCUUUAUAGUAACUUGUUCUGUUGUUUACGUAGGGAAAUACUUAACGGGAUUGCUGUUACUGAUGAAAAUGAAAAUAAGCUUGGAAACUCAAAGGUAAAUAUACUUUUUGUUGUUUAUAAUUUGUUUGAAAUCUGACAAUGUCAUAGUCAUGGGUAUAAGACUGUCGUGUACAAUUCACAAUAUAAGCUGGUGUUAUCCAGACAGACACAGGCUUGUUCCUGUCCUGCAAUGAAAGUGUUAACUUGGCUUGGGCUCUGGAAAGAACUGUCCUUCAAUUUUCACUUCUCGUUUUUAAAAGUUUUAUUUUAUUUAAUUAAACUUAAUGAUACCAUUUUUAAAAAAAAAUUUUUUUUAAUGAUAUACAUGAUUUUUACUUUUUAGAUUCGCUUUUUUUCUGGCUGAGCAGCCAUGUUGAAUCAGACUGUACUGUUAUCUGACCAACUGCUUCUCAACCGAACUUGCCUGCUGCUGUGAUUUGUUCUCGGUCAAACUGCAGUCAAGUUAGGCUGAGCAGCAGUUGGUCCGAUAACCGUAGAUCUGUUUUCUGAUCCAACAUGGCCGCUCAGCCAGAUAAAACCGUGAAUAAGAAAAAAAAAAAAUAAUAAUCAAUGUACACCAUUUAAAAAAAUAAAAUAAAAUAAAAAAAUGUUUCAUUAAAAUUUAAUUGUUUUGUUGACCACUGUCCAAUUAAGGAGGACUGAGUUCUACAGCUGAAUAUAGUGGUAUAGUCCUAUAUUUGAGUGGGUAGCACUCUCUCACUAGUUUAUCUGAUCUGGACUGACUCAUUGCAACUUCCUUUGAAGUAGUAGGGAUCUGUAAAUCAAAACCUUGAGUUUGUUAAAACUAUAAAGUAAGGUUAUGUAAAUGAUUAAGGAUGCAAGUUACCUGUAUACACAUUAUAUGUAGAUAUCCUCUACACACAAGCUUAUUUUAUAUUUUCAAAAACAAGUUAAGGGACACGCCAGACACCAAAGCAACUUCAUCUAAAUGAAGUUGUUAUGGUGCAAUGAGGCAAUCUUACCUUAAUGGGAUAGAAUAAACCAUUCUCAAACUGUUUAAUCCCAAAAUUUCCUCCAGCAGCGAUGUCCACUCCCGCCUUUCCUCCUCCCUUCUUCCCCGGCGGCAUCCGGCUUCUGGAUUUUCAGAUUUAGGAUGUGCAGAGUGCUGCCGUGCAGGGGCGCCACUAAUUGGCUGAAAGUGGUAAGCUGUAAAACUGGCUUUGAAAGAAACAUUCAGAAGCUGGAUGCUGCAGGGUGGGGUGGACAUUGUCACUGGAGGCAAUUUUGGAGGUAAGAGUGUCUCCGGAGGGCCUCUUGACCCCAUAAAAACUUCUUAUAGAGGAAGUUGUUUUGGUGCCUGGAGUGUCCCUUUAAGGGCAAAAUGAAUAGUGCCAAGUACCUUUACAAUAAGCUAUGUUAUAGGGCUUGACGAUUUCCACGUACUACCAGGCACCAACCCAAAUGAAUGCAUACACAUUGCAAUCGGACAAUCCCAUUAAUGAUUGAAAGAGCUUUUGUCCAGGAUUGCACAUUGAGAUUACUUGAGUAGCCUGUGGAACAAAUGUAAUCUGCAGGUAUCCCUCUAUGUUUGGUGAAACUACAAAUCCUAUUCUGCUCAGCAAUCAUCCUCCAUCCUGGGCUGGAUGAGCUGACAGAGUUUUAGUUCCCCAAGAAAUGGGCCGUUCUAUUUUGUGUGACAUUGAUGUAUUGAAUAAUCUAUUUUAUAUUCGAGUAAUGUAAACGUACACCUAUUUCUUUUCCCCCAUUUAAUGUAGCAUGUGCUUUGACUCACAAUGGGUAAUAAUUUUUUGACGUGAUUUAUCAGUAAACAGCCACCCAAUGCGGCUGCUUGUAAAAACCUCUUUCCGGCAUUUUAUUUACUAAUUGUUAUAUUUUACGUGCUGUUUCAGAAAGCUGCUGCUAAAGGGAUUAGCCAGGUUGUAAUAUCCAGAAUCGCUAUGGCUGCACCUGGGAUGAGUAAGUUAUUAAUAUAUUUCCUGAUUUAAGGUGUAAAACACAUUUUAAACUAAUGUAUCUUAAUUGUGAUCUGUACUUUUUAAUGAAACAUUCCUUUAGCCAUAAAGCUUGUGUCUAGGUGAGAUCCAGUUCUACUUGAGACCCUUUAGUUUUAACCGUGUAGUUUUGUCAAAAUAUCUCCAGUGGCUGUCAGUCAUUAGGGGCACUUCCUCCACCAGAACCAAAUCAAAACUUUGGGGGUGGUGGACAGUGCUGACCACAAUAGAAGGGAUCACAUAGUCCUGAAAAAAACCAACUGUUCUUUUCAGGACUAGUUCCAUUUAGACAGUGUAUAUAACUUGUAACCACACAAUAAGAAUUUUAACAUAUUUUGCAAGAAAAAAUCCCAAUGAUGACAUCGCUGUUUGCAGUUGCCGGGUGGUGCAGGGGAGUGUAAGUUUUUAUCAGAGGGAAGAUAAUUUUGCACUAUUGUAGUGUGAGGGGAAACGGCUCUUGUUAUACUUGUAGGGGGUUUGCCCUGAUAAGAGGCCUCAGAGCCCCUGUCCUUGUGGAGAAUGGCCUCUUUGGUUGUGUAGUAAUGCAACUGCACCAGCACAUCCCUUGGUGUCUCCCCUUCUUUUCAUCUUGCUUUGAGAGCUCAAUGUGCUCUAUCAGUUGUGAACAUGGACUCUGGGAUGUCAGGCAGUAGGGGCUGAAAGAUGCUCAGCAUUACCUCCAUCAUAGGUCCUUCUCCCGCUGAUUUGGGAGGCCCCGUAUUUGUAGGUUACUGCUGCAAGACCUGCUAGACAUGUCCUCAACAAGGAUCUCCAACGAUGUUGUACAUAUCUGCACGUCAUUAGACCUGUUGGCCAUAUGGUUGUGGGCUGCUGUAACCACUGCCUCCACUCUGUGCUCUGGACCCGCUGUUCAUGUGCCAAGGGCCUGUAUUUCGGGUUUCACUACGGCUGUACUUUUUUUUUUUUUGUUUGGCAAAGGCCAAUUCAGAGCUCUGGGCUCAGCCGUCCAUUCAGUUUAGAGUCCAAGCCAAGCCCCCUGUAUUUGUGUAUUAUUUUGGUUUUUUCUUCAUUUUUUCAUGAAUAACGUUAACACGAUCCACUUUUCUGACAUCUGUUAGAUAAACGCUUUCAUAAAUGAUAUGAAAAGCAGACAUUUACUAUAGUAGAUGGAGUGACAUACAUCUGUGUUAGUUCAGCAUGCAAGGAAAUGCUUCAGAUAGGGUCUAGGAACAUAAAAUGACAAAAAGAAACUAUUUGCACAUUACCAUGCAUGUGUUGGUGUCUGAGAUGUCCCUUUAACAGUUUCUAUACUGUACAAUAUGCCAAUGUAUGUAUGUAACCUUCUCAUUACAAGAAAUAAUUUAUACAUUUUUAUUUUCUUUGUUUAGUUCUGCUACCAAUCUUGAUGGAAAGACUGGAAUCAUAUCCCUUUAUGAAGGUAACUUUUUAUUUUUUUUAUUUGUCUUUUAUUGAGGUUUACAGCCACAUAAAUACACGUAAGAUAAUGAAAAAACGACUUCUACAUUCCACCAUUUACCUUGUUUGGCAUCGAACCUUCAAAUUUGAGUUGCAUUAUACAGUUUUAAAAAUUAAACAGUUUGUGUGUUAUCACAUUUUUUCUAAGUCUUAUUUUAUUCUGAAGUGUAUAGAUUAUCUGUAGUAUAAACCGUAUUUAACUAGAUGUGGGGGGAAAGAAAUGGAACGGUAAGAGGGGAUAGGCAAUAUAUCGAACGUAAAUAAUUAACUAGGAAUACUGUGUAAAUUCUAUCUACGCCUGGGAGUUUGGCUCAGAUCAAGCUCAUGAGAUCCAAAGUGACUUCUUUUGCAGAUGAGCCUCCCCUAUUAAUUCUUUCCACAAUUAUUUUCAUUCCAUGGACAUAUUAUUUUAUGUCCCUGAUUUAGUGGGUGAUUCCUACACUUGGGUUUGGCCCUUUCCCUACGGAUGGUCUUCUCUGCACAAAACCUUGAUGCAACUCCCAUGAUUUUAUUGCCCUUGACCACUCUUUUUUUUUGCCUUAACACCAUUAACUUGUAUUCAAUAGUUAGGGAAACUUGGUUUACUAUGUCAUCCACUGUAGGGUAGUUCUUUGCACAACGCUGUCUAGCUAAUAAAUAUAUUAAGGAUAAUGUUAUGUGGGUUAUCACUCAUCCUAUGGUAUUGGGCGUUGUUUUUGGUAGUAUAAGUAACAAAUAAGUUUCUAUCGUUUACCCAGUAGAGCAUUUAACACAUUUUCCCCCUCGUUCCAUAGCUUUUGUACUACUUAGCACCCUGACCAUAUGUAGUUCUCCAUUCUUUAUUACACUUUCAGCACUUGUCUGUAGACAAUCCUUGAGUGUUGUAACCUGGAUGGAACACCAUCGACACCGUCUGUUGCAAGAUUGUAAUAGCUACUCUGUUUUUUCUUAGUCCAAUCAAACUGGAUUAACUUUAGUUGUGAAAGAGAAAGGCCCUGGGUGGUUAUAAAGUUUAUAAAUGGGUACUGACAUUUAAACAGAAUUAUCAUUUUUAUGGCUGAUAUUUGACCUACUCAUGAAAUAAACAGAAUUUCCAACGUACCUAUUAUUUGUGUGAUUUUUUUUUUUUUUUUUUGCUUACCUUUAAAUUGUUGUGUUUUUAAGAGCCCCUUUGGGUUUCUCGUCAGUUGUAUCCCCAGCAUAGUCAGGUAGUCCUGUCUCCAUUCGUAAUUGAAAAUAGAUUUAAGAUGUUGUAGGUUAGGUUUGUCUCUCCUGACAUUAAGUUUAUAGUAUGAGUGUUGACUAUACUCCAAUAUUGUGCUCUGUAAAUUUGGCAGGGAUAUUAGUAGUUGGCUCAUCUGCAAAUACGUUAAGUUUGCAAUCCUGUUCUCCUACUUGAAUUCCAUGUAUGUUUUGGUUUUGUCAGAUGGCUAUUGCUAGCGGCUCCAAAGCUGCAAUAUAAAGCAGUGGAGGCAGUGGGUAUUCCUGACGCGCAUCGUUGGUUAUAUGGAUGCUGUCAGAUAAAAAUGGUGUUCAAUACCUGGGCUUAGGGUCGAUGAUAUAAUUCUUUUACUUCCCCGAGAAACUGAUCAGGGAAAUUAGACUUGUGCAGGACCACUUCCAAGAAAAGCCAGUUGAGGCGGUCAAAUGCUUUCACUGCAUCUUAAAGCAGAAGGAUGCCUUCUUUGUCCAAGUCACUUGGUAUAUGUAAAAGUCUAGGACCUUUCUGGUAUUGUCUGUUCCCAUUCUUCAUUUCACAUACCCAACUUGGUAAUCCCUAAUAAGCGUCGGUAGUAUAUUUUCCACCCACACAUAUUUUUGCAAAUAAUUUAGCGUCGUAUUCCGGAGUGAAAUGUUCCUCCUUGAUCUAUCUUCUAAAUCUAUCAGUUUUGUUUAGUAUUGCUCCAUUUGGUGUUCUAGUUGUUGUAACUUGUCUGCCAUGCUGUUGUGGGCCUCUGCAUACUCCUCAAAGCUGGAUUCCAUAUGUGCAGUCCUAUUUUCAAAAUCUUGGAUGGUUUUCUGCAAUUCUGAUAAGAAGCUGACAAACCUUGCCAUGAUUUUAUCUGCUGUGCUGUCCGACAGGGACCAUAUGACGUCAGUUGCGACACAGUCUGCAGAACUCUGCUCUUUUAUUCUCGGUGGGCUUCAUAUUCAUUUGCUUGUCCACCAUCUUGUUCCACCUUCUCUGACAUUUGCGCCUCUUUUCUGUCCUGAUGUUCGGGUUUGAAAGAACUCUGACUUGUCCAACUGCUUCUUGUGGGCCAUAUCUGCAGGUUCCCAUCAUACAUUAUCAGCUCGCGUUAGGUUUUCUUCAUAGGAAAACAUUGUUGCUUUUCUGUGGGGAUUUAGAAGAUACUGGAUGUCCUCAUGCAUAGUGUGAGGAAAUCUAGCAUUGUUAAAUUCUGUGAAAGACCAGGAAGCUCCUCUAGUGACUGUCUGAGAAACAGCCAUUAGAGACAAUCUUUUACAUUGCAUGACUAAGGAGAUAAGGAUACUGCACCCAGACCUCUUCAAUGAGAUUAACAGGAAACUAUAGUCACCAGAACAACUACAGCUUAUUGAAUUUGUUCAGGUGAGUAGAAUCAUUACCUUCAGGCUUUUUUCCGUAAACAUUGUCUUUUCAGAGAAAAUCCAGUGUUUACAUUACAGCCUAGUGAUAACUUCACUGGCCACUCCUCAGAUAGCUGUUAGAGAUCCUUCCUGGGUCAUGGCUGCCUAAAAUGCAUCCAAACAUUCAGUAUCUCCUCCCUCUGCAUGCAGACACUGAACUUUACAUUGAUUCAAUUCAUCUCUAUGAGGAGAUGCUGAUUGGCCAGGGCUGUGUAUGAAUCAUGCUGGCUCUGCCCCUGAUCUGCCUCUUUGUCAGUCUCAGCCGAUCCUAUGGGGAAGCACUGUGAUUGGAUCAGGCCACCAAUUCUGAUGAUGUCAGCAGGCAGUGGGCAGGUCUAAAGGAAACCGGGAUACAAACAAGGAGCUGCAGACUUGAAUACAAGGCAUGAGAGGACCAGGGGGGCUAGCUGGUUGUUUUACCCUAUAGGGUCAGGAAUACAUGUUUGGUGGUCUGAGUGCCUAUAGUGUCCCUUUAAUGUUAUGAUGUGAAAUAAAAUAGUUGUGGAAUUAGGAUUUCAUAAUGGCUCCCACAUAAUAGGUAUGCGAUGCAUAAUACUGGUGAAAUGAAAAGUUGCAAAAAGAUUUAUUCUUGGGAAUUGACUGGAGAGUUUCAGAUAUUAGGACCAAAUAGCCCAGCGUGAUAAAGGCCAAAGUUCUACUACAUUCGUCUAAAAAGUGAGUUUCCCUGAUCAAUUCCUGACAAUUCUAGUGAAUAAUGCUGUAAGGUUUAUUCCGUAAACACCAAACUGAAGUGUCUUGUAAAAUUCAAGACAAAAUAGCCAAGCUGUGAUUUUCAGUUGUUGGUUUUUUUUUUAACAGUUCAGCAGUUUUCCAGGUCAUGUUAUGGUGCAAUUUACCCACUAGCUAAGCAUCCCGUGCUUGUGAACUUUCCCCCCAGUGAUAAAACAUGUUGGGCAGAUCUCCAAAAAAUAGUUAUUGAGGAACCAUUCAGAAAGCGGCCAUGUAAGUGAUUGUAUUGUUAAAAGUAUCUUAGAAUCAAUAAAUUAUUAUUAUUAGAAUCUCCAUUUAAGUUCUAACUAUAUUGACUAAGGAAUAUAUUUUUUUUAAUAAUUGGGCAUACUUUGAAAUCAGCAGUGCAUAUUUUCAGUCCGAGAACAAGAGCAACAGACAGGUCCCAAAUUUAAAGUGUUUAAAUAUUGAAAUGCAAUGUUUGCUAUGACAGAUUCUUGUCACCCAUGCAUGCGCAUUGUGUUCAAAGUACUGGCACUUGCGCAUUGCUAAAAGCUGUUAGCAGUUUUCUGCAGUUUGCUGGGAAAAUAGGUGCACAAGAGGUCUCAUGUCUAUGAAUUCCGGUCUGUUGGCUUUGUGUGUAACUCUAACAUAAUCACUUAUUGGGAGGUUAGUCCUUUGAGUAAAAACCUUAGCAUUGUCGGGAUUUAGGAAGGUUACAAUUCCAGAUUGGUUUACUUUGCCAUGACAGAUCUAUGGACUAUCACAUGUCAAAUUCAGAAAGCAGUGAUCUAUAAAUGCAUCUGUCUUCAGCUCAUGUCACAGAACAAAGAUAGUCUUACGCAUGUCUUAUUACACCAGUCUGUACGCUGAGCCAUUGUCAUGAACCUACAGUUUAUCAGUUGAAGGGGAUUCCACUUAGAUCCCAUUACAAACUGAAUCUUCCUUUCCUGUAAAUACCACCAUUAAUACUGAACUCCAAUAUCAAAUAAUUAGAAAUCACAGUUAUUACAUUUCCUUGCUGCAACAAAACUGCUUGGGUUGUGCAAUUUUGUCAGUUUUGUGUGUGUGUGUACGUGCAUAUUUUAUAAAAGAAGCAACGCUUUUUGUUCUUUGCACCUUCACCCAAAGGAAAGGUCUUUCCACAUCCCACAAUCUUUUAUGUAACUUUCCAAAUCGUAUCUGUAAACUUUAUACUAUCGACCUUUCUACAGACUAUUUGGCCAGUGUAUCAGAUUGUUUAAUAUUUGCUAUACAUAAGAGAUGCAUUUAUUGUUUGGAUAUAUAUUUUUUAUUUUUUUAAAAUUCUUUAUUUUGGUAGUGCAUUGUUAAGUACAUAGGAAACAUAAACAUGUCAAUAAAGACCAGUACAAAAUGUCACAAGGAGUAUUAUUAUACAUGUUGAGAUUGCUGCACUUUUUUGUUUUAUAAGGGGAAGGAAAACAUUAAUGAUAAGUAGUAUUCAGCACUUGGGGUGGGAAAAGAGUGGAUAGGAUACUACCAUAGGCUACGCACUGACUAUGAUUACGAGGUUCAAAGAUUCAAUCUGAGUAUUGAAACGAUGAGCUGUUCACAGCUUGCCGGUGGAUAGGAAAUGUAUACAUACAGAUAGACAUGUAUUCAAGACGUAAUCGCUUAUAGUAAGGGGUGGAACCACCGUUAGUAGACCUGACUUUAUGUGAAAGCAGGCUUGGGACUAGGUACAGGUCUUGAGUUAGAUCUAGCGGAUUCUGUGUUAGGGAGUUGGUGGUGUGAGUGCUGCCCUCCUUGUUUAAGGAGGGGGAGAUGACUGCCUUUGUGCAUGGGUAACCUCUCCGUGAAGGUGUUGCCCCUGACCAGGGGAGUAGCGGGGGGGGGGGGUGUUGACGAUACGGUGACUGAGCAUGUGUGGCUGUAUAGAACCGGACUAGGGCCAUAGAUGGCAUUGCGUCAUGAAUGCCUGGUUGUGUUAUAGUGAGCCUGAUCUCCCUAUUCCUGGGUGACCAAGGUCAAAGAUCGUGGCUUCGUGUGGGUGAUGUUGCAUUGAUAAACAAAAGUAUACAAAAAAAAAAGUACGGUAAAAACGUGAACAAAAUCAUAGCGGUAAAACUUUGUAACUCUGCAACUGUGCAGCCAGUGGGUUUGGGUCGGGGUUGAAAGCGUCCCUUCCAGUCAGGUGUCCGGCGGGCCGUCGGCUGCAGAUCUCGGCACAAAUGGUGUCACAUUGGAUGGGUCCCAUCCGUGGGUGCGAUUUGAGUCCGAUGGGGCCGCCGUCGCCUCCUGCAUAUCCAGUGCUGCGAGGAACGCUGGGAUAUCAGUCCCUGUGGUUAGUUUUCGUGUGGUCCCCUUGUGUGAGACAAGGAGGGAUCGUGGGGGUCCCCACCUGUAGGACACUCCUGCAGCCCGUAAUCGGGUGGUGACAGGGUUCAGGGAUUUUCGCCACUGCAAGGUGGCUUUUGAUAAGUCCUGGUAAAAGGACAAUUGUGAGUCCUCAAAUGUGAGCGGGGUCUUGUUCCUUACCGCUGUCAUUAUUUGCCCCUUGUCUUGAGGUAGUGCGCAGCGGAGUAUGACAUCGCCUGGAGCUGUGGCAGUGGUAGUGGUGGGCGUCGGUAGGCGAUACAUCCCAGCGAUGUUUAUUUUUUUUUUCAGUGGCGGGUGGCAACACUGUGGCUAGUAGCCUUCUCACGUACUGUGGCAGCUCCUCCUGAGGGACGGUGGCCGGGAUGCCCCUUAUCUUAACGUGGUUGCGGCGGUACCUGUCCUCUUGCGCUGCCACCUGCAGUGAUAGAGCCUGAUGGGCUGCCUGUAGUUGGAUUAUAGAUGCCUGCAUGGUGGAGGUGUCUUGGCGGAGCACUUUAACAUCUGCUUCAGUUGCCUCCAGUCUGCCUGUGAGUUGUUGCAGGGAGGAUUUUAGGAUGGGCAGGUCAGCAGCAAGUAGGCCUUGAAUGUCCUGUAGCAUGGUGUAUCGGAUUUGGAGGUCUUGUUUGGUUGCAGGCUCAGUGUUACCUGCUGAUGCUGUGGGCUGUUGCUGUGUGUCCUCCGCUGGACUCUGUAGCUGGGAUGUUGCAGGAGCAGCUGUGUGGGGAGACCCUGGUGAAGGUGGGUAUUCGGCGGCCGCCAUCUUGGCUGAGGUGUGGCGCUGGAGCAUAGCUCCGAUGUCCCUUUGUUCUGGUGCAUUACAGGGUGUGGGUUUCUGGUUUCUGCGCCCCAUGGAUGUGUUGGCAGGUGCUGUUUGUGUCGGCCACAGCUCUGCUGCGUUUCCCUCAAGGUCCCCGCCCCAGAGAUACUCGAGGUCGCGGUAUGAGGGCUUGUGGUAGGCCCCGGUUUUGCGUUUUGCCUUUAGGUGCUUCGGGGAGUACUGGAAGGGCAUCUGUGGGUUCAGCGGGGUGUCCCCAGGCUGUAUCUGGUGUUUGCAGGGUCGGAUGAUGGCUUGUUAUCGAGAUAUCCCUUAGAUUGUAUAUUUGUUCCUCGGAACUGGGAGAAAUGGCGUCCGGUUCAGUGCCAGGCUCCGCCCCCCUGGAUAUAUAUUUUAACUGUUUUUUACAAAGGUCAAGACCCUAAAAAGUGAAAAUAGAAGCAAUGAGCAGAAAUAUAUAAAUAUAUCUAUCUAACUAUCUCUAUCAUAUCGCUGAGAAAGUGCCAAGACAUGCAUGAAACGCGUCGUCCAGGUCCUCUUUGAAGGUUUGCUGGGCCCCUCUCCAGUGUCUUCUUUUUUUUCUUUUUUUUUUUUAGUAGAUUUUGCUAUCUCCAGGUGCCUUUUGCUUUUCCCUGCUUCACCCUUUUUUCCUUUUGGAUGCAGGGCGUUUCAUUUCCACCUAUUUGAAUGUGCCUAUCAGUUGCACACUGUCUUUUGGUGCACAUAUUAGAGGUGACAUCUUAGGUGGGCUACUAGUUGCUGCCAUUUUUUUAUAUUUUUUCCACUAUCCAGUGGUAUAAUCUGCUUUUUUUUCUCAUGCCAAAUUUAAUACCACUGUCAGGACUCCCGCUAGUUAAUUUAUUAUGUAGACAAAAAAUUAUGUAUAAGUGGAGCGCUGAUAAAAUAGAAAGAAAGGAGAGUAGGGUAAAGGUAAGCAAAAUAGGAAACCUAACAACCUAUGUAGUAUAAAACAUGUACAUAAAUAAAAUAUACCCUUCUCUCCUAAUAGAUCAAAACUGAUUUAACUCGUACACUCAAAGUAGAUAAAAAUACACAAAUUAAUUAAUUAAUAAAAAGAUAGACUAAUAUAAAGAGAAAACAUUAAAUCUCACAUAUAAUAUGUCUAUAACAAAUAAUUAAACAACAGCCGUAAAAAAGUCAUAAAAAAGUCCAGACCUUAUUAGAAUGCUCGGCGUCCCGAGUCAGCAAAGAUGUAUAAAUGCUGAAAAAAUAAGUCAAAUAAAAGUCCUCUUUAUAAUCCAGGUGAUGGCUGAUAGUGGUGGGAGUCAGACCUCUCCAAACGCGUUUCUCCGCUUUGGCGGCUUUUUCAAUGGGUGAGGUCUGUGUCUUUGUGUUCGCUUAUAUAGCGGUUUGCCGGCAUUAAUUAGAACCCGGCAAAUACAUCAGACAGUGAGUGUAACUAAAGUAACUCCUCUGACACAAAAUAGUUUCACUGUAUCAGAACAGCUCAGGAAAGUUAUCCCUUAUUUGGAUCGGCAUAUUAUAUUAUUCCUCUUUAUUUACUACUGUUACCAUAGUAACGCCCGCCCAAGCAGGUUUAAAUGUAACUGCCGUUUCCAAUUGGUUAAAAAAGACGGAAAACAUGAAAGAGAAAGAAGACAGAAUUACAGAAGUGUUAAAAAAAAAUAAAAAUAAAAAAAAAAUAAAAAAAAAAUAAAUAAAAUGAAUAGGUGUUGCAAAUAUAACUUCUAUAUGCUCAAAUAGUUAAAAUAUAUCAAAACUCGAUAACUGAGAAAAAGUACUCUUUACUUAAUCAUUUGAUCGACCCAUCACAUUACCAUUUUGUGUAUGCUCCCGUUACUAUAGUAACGAUUGUAUGAGCAGGUUUAACUCUAUCUGCCAUAUUUAUGUGACGUAGGAUGACAGGGAAAUGGAGAAAUCUAUUAUAAAAAGAUGAUAAUAAUGGAAUAGGGAUCUCUCAUUAUGUCUACUCCUGUUAAUAGAAUAAAGAGAUUUCCAUGUUACAACUUGGAUCACAAUUUUAAAAUAUUAGGGCGAUCUAACAAACCUAAUGUUAUAGCUUACACUAACGCUGCUUGGUAUAAUUAGAUGAGAGAUUCUAAAUCUCAAAUAGUAUCCAUAAAAACACUUAAAGGGGGAAAUUUAUCCCAAAAAAUGACAUAACUCAAAUUCGGCAUUUAAUCCCUUAGGCUGCAACGUAUCAAGUUGAUAUAUCCAUUUCAUCUCAGUAAUGCCCAGUUGUUUAGUAUGGUCUCCUCCUCUCCAGUUUUUAUUCACUCUACAUAUCCCCUUAAAGUUCAAAAGGCUCAUAUCCGAAUUAUGAUGUUGUUUAAAAUGGGCUGAUACUGAAUGUUGCAUAUAGCCUUUCUUUAUAUUCAACAUAUGUUCUCUAACUCUAAUAUAUAGUUGCCUUUUUGUUCUUCCCACGUACUGGAGCCCACAUGGGCACUCCAGUACGUAUAUUACGUUAGUGCUUUGGCAGGUGAUAUGUUCUUUUAUUUUAAAAGAUUCCAUCUUUUUCUUAUUGUUUUUGUUGGUAACUUCAAAUACGCCUUUUGUUUGUUUAAACCUACUUUCUUUGCAUGAAAUGCAGUCCAGGCAAUAGAAGAAGCCAUUUUUCUUUGUUAUAGUUGGAGCGUUUCUACCUUUAUGGUGUUUGUUAGUUAUUUUUCUACAUAAGUUCGGUGCGCCCCUAAAAAUAAUCUUCGGUCUUUCCGGUAAAAUACUGGCCAGAAUUUUGUCUUUUUUCAAUAGAUGCCAGUGUCUUGUAAGAAUCCUUUUUAAUUGUAGGUUUUCUUUAUUGUAAUUCAAGAUAAUUGAUGGAAAUUCUUCUCCUGAUUUUUUCGGUUGUGAUUUAUCUUUAUUAUUCAAUAGAUUAAUGCGGUCUAAAUUAUCAACUCUACAUAGUGCCUCCUCUAUUUCAUUGUCUUGAUAGUUUUUCAUCAGAAAUUUUUUCUUUACUCCUUCCGCUUGUUCUCUGUAGACUUCAGAAUCUGUGCAAUUACGUCUCAAGCGUCUGAAUUCAUUGUAAGGUACGUUCUUAAGCCACAUCGGUAGGUGACAACUUUCUUUAAGAAUGAAGCUAUUCACGUCUACUUCUUUAAAGUGCGUUUUCGUUUUAACUGUACCAGAAUCUACAUAGAUAAUAAGGUCAAGGAAUACUAUCUGUGUCUUGCUCCAGGUAGUGUUGAGUUUAACACCCCAUGUAUUCUUGUUUACAUAUUCUAAGAACUUGUGCAGGUCUUCCAUUUCACCUUUCCAUAUGAAAAAAACAUCAUCGAUAUAUCUCUUAUACCUGUAUAUGUUAUUAUUCCAGGGGUGUUUAUUCCAGAUGUGAUUAUCCUCCCAGUCUCCCAUGAACAGGUUGGCGAAACUGGGGGCAAAUUUCGUCCCCAUUGCUGUUCCCUUCUUUUGGAGGUAAAACUGAUCUUCAAACAGAAAAUAAUUGUUCUUCAAAAUAAAAGCAAUCCCUUCUAUUAUGAAUGAGAUUUGAUUGUCUUCCAGUUCUCCAUAUUUCCUUAAUGCAUUACUAACGGAAUCACAGCCUUGUUGAUGAUCGAUGAUCGUAUAUAACGAAGUCACAUCUGUGGACACUAGAAUGUAGUUGUCUUGCCAAGAGAUAGAAUCUAGUUCCCUUAUCAUCUGUGUCGUGUCCUUAAGAUGUGACUUUAUCUUGGACACAUAUGGUUGCAGAAAUGUAUCUAUGUACUGUGACAAAUUUGAUGUAAUCGAGUUGAUCCCUGAUAUUAUUGGUCGACCAGGUGGUGCUAUAAGAUCUUUAUGAAUCUUAGGUAGAAAAUAAAAGGUAGGGGUUCUUGGAAAAGGAAUGGAAAGAAAUCUAUAUUCGGACUCUUUCAGGAUUCCAAUAUCUCUGGCAUUAUCCAGCAUGGUUUUUAGUUCAAUCUUUAUUCCAUUCAGUGGAUCAUCCGAUAAUUUCCCGUAUGUAUCGGGUUCUUCUAGUAAUCUGAUAGCCUCUUUUAAGUAGUAUUCACUCGACAUGAUAACUACUCCCCCGCCUUUAUCUGCUGGUUUAAUGCAGAUCUUUUCAUUAUUUGUUAGAUCCUUUAUUGCUUCUCUCUCUUUUUUUGUUAAGUUAUUCUUUGAAUAGUGAUUAUUUUUCAUUUUCCUUAUAUCGUCAGUUACUAAUUCUUCAUACAUUUCCAUUCCAGCAGAGACCUGAUUAAUAGGAUAAAAUGUCGAAGUUGGUUUUAAUUGACUGUGUUGAAACAUGCUAAACGGCUCUUCUUUUUCUGGAAAAUCAGGCAACUGAUCAAAGUGCUUUUUAAUGCUUAAUUUUCUUAUAAAUCUUUUUACAUCAAUGGUUGCUUCGAAUUUGUUCACAUGCACUGUGGGUGCGAAUUUUAAUCCUUUAUUAAGUGCUGUGAUAUGGUGAGGUGAUAAUGGAAUUCCUGCAAGGUUAAAUAUCCCUACUGGUUGUUCUUCUUGUUCUUUUUCUUGCUUAUCCAUUGUUCUUCUUCCUCCUCUAUUUCUUCUAAAUUUGGCUCUUUACUUUUCGUCCUUCUUGGUGUCAUCGGAUGGAACCAUGUGGUUAUUUCUCUGGUGUUCCUUCCUAAAAAAACCGCCUCUCUUGUAUUAUUAUGUAUCUCAGCUUGAAUCGUUACAAUAUUUUCUCCUACAGGAGUCUCCACUGCUUCCAAUGGUCUUCUUUCAGAAAUCUUUUCAGUUAUCCUACCAUUGUUCCCUCCUACAGAAGUCACCACUUUUUCCUCUUGUCUUCUUCUUUCAAAUAUUUUAUCGCUUUCUUUGUCUUUAUAUUUACCAUACAGUGCCUUUCUCUUAUCAUGAUUGACGGUCAGUAACAUUCUAUGGUUUCUCUCAUUUUGACCUACUGAUCCUCUAGGAUUUUCAAAUUCUGUAUUCUGUGUGUGCUUUAUCUCCGAUCCCUUUUUUCUUCUUUGUGGAUCUCUACUGUUCACCUGGUGGUCUUCUUCUGUGAUGUUUUGAUGCCUUCUCCAUCCCUCAUUUAAACGUCUUUUUUCAUUUACUGGUAUGUAGUUCGGAUUUUCUCUUUCAUAAUGUCUUCUUGACUCCUGGUUUACUCUUCCGUUCCAUUUAUGGUUUCUUCUCACAUAGGCAUGGUGGUUUUGAUUCUCGUAUUCGUUUUUUUUGAAUUGUUGGUAUGUACUUCUCUCUUGAUUAUUCUUCUUCUCAUAUUGUGAGUCAUAUUUCUUCUGGAAAUUUCUGACUCUAUCAUUCUUAUAAUCAUCCAUGUCACGUAGGAAUUUUUUCUUCUUAGUCUUCUUUAUAUCCUCCUCCAAUCUAUCUACGCUUUCGGCUAUUUUUGCAACCCUUUCCCUUGGGUUAUCCCCUCCUUCCAUGGAUUCUAAGAUAUUUUGUAUUUCUUUAAUUUCCUGGUCUAAUUGUACCAACUUCUUUUUCCUACAUUCAAUGAUAAUAUCCAUAAAAACAAAUGAGCAAUCUUCCAUUGUUUCAUACCAUCUAUCUUUGAGUUCUAGGUACUCAAUAGGAAACGCCGGAUCUUUAAAUAGCCUUAAUCCUCGGGGAGUUAUAUUAUCAAUAAUAUAUUGUUGAAGUGUAGCAACUUCCCAUUUUAAUUUUAAUUCCUGUUUUAAUAAUCUUUCCAACUUUAAAAAUAGGAAAUUCCUAUUGUGUUUUGUGGAAUAUUCCUUUAGUAUAUCUAUUCCAAAACACCGGGUAGCGUUGGUAUCUACCUUCUGUCUCAGUGUAUUAAUAUCCAUGACAGAGCUAAAAGAAUACAAUCUGCUGCUCAACACUAGUUAGGUUUAAGUAAUAGAAAUGUAGAAAAAAAUUUAUGUAUAUGUGGAGCGCUGAUAAAAUAGAAAAAAAGGAGAGUAGGGUAAACAGAAUAGGAAACCUAACGACCUAUAUAAUAUAAAACACGUACAUAAAUAAAAUGUACCCUUCUCUCCUAGUAGAUCAUAAAACUGAUUUUACUCGUACACUCAAAGUAGAUAAAAAUAAACAGAUUAAUUUAUUAAUAACAAGAUAGACUAAUAUAAAGAGAAAACAUUACAUCUCACAUAUAAUACGUCUAUAACAAAUAAUUAAACAGCCGUAAAAAAGUCAUAAAAAGUCCAGACCUUAUUGAAAUGCUCGGCGUCCCGAGUCAGCAAAGAUGUAUAAAUGCUGAAAAAAUAAGUCAAAUAAAAGUCCUCUUUAUAAUCCAGGUGAUGGCUGAUAGUGGUGGGAGUCAGACCUCUCCAAACGCGUUUCUCCGCUUUGGCGGCUUUUUCAAUGGAUGAGGUCUGUGUCUUUGUGUUCGCUUAUAUAGCGGUUUGCCGGCAUUAAUUAGAACCCGGCAAAUACAUCAGACAGUGAGUGUAACUAAAGUAACUCCUCUGACACAAAAUAGUUUCACUGUAUCAGAACAGCUCAGGAAAGUUAUCCCUUAUUUGGAUCGGCAUAUUAUAUAUAUAUUAUUAUAUUUAAUAUAAUUUCAUAAUUUUUAAUAACAUCAUUUUAAACGUUUAUCCAAAAAUAAUAAAUAAUUAGAAAGGUUUAUCCAAAAAUAUUAAAUCAAGGCUUAUAUUCCAUAUGCUGAUAUACUAGCAGUGAUGAUCACAAUAAUUGUGUUCCACUUUAUUGAUCUCCUGCGUUCCGAAUGUAUUCUCACACUGUCCCAGCACAGACGUGCAUCAUAUUCUGAAUGCAACAUAAUAUCUCUGUGCAAUUCACCCCAUGGUGAGGCUUUAUGGGGAUAAUGCCACUAUGUGACACCCUGCUCUUUAUUGUAUCAGAUGAGACAGGAUUUAAACCAUGUGUUUAUUUUGCAGCCUAUUUAUUAUAUGUGUAUGUGUAGGUUUUACGCUAUAUUUGUGUAAAUAUUUCCAAUUUAAAAUGUUCAUAUUUGUGCCUCGUUGCAGAACCAUUUCUUAAAUAUAUGUAUUGUCUUAUUAUCAAGAUAUUAGUCAUCUGUACUUUAAUUUAUUAUUUUCCAGAAAAUACGUUUUCUUCACGCCCCUUUGCAAGUGAUUCUGGCAGGUGGAUUGUAAGUACUAUUUUUAUGGGUUUCUCCAUGGGAAAAUGUUCAUGCAUCGGUAUCUCUGGAUUAGUAAAUCCAAAGUAUAUUUCAUUAAAAAAAGCCCAUAUGUUUAUUAGCCAUCCAGCACUCCUGUCCCUUUAAAAAUAUGUCUAGAAGACAUCUAGCACAUUCAAAGCCAAUUUAGGGUAUUUUUUAUGGUUUUUCAUUAGACUUUGAGGACAGGAGGUGGGUUUAGAACUUAUUUAGUGUUUAAUGUCUUUAAAUUUAUUUGUUAUAGGGCCUCGAAAGAGUUAGCAGGGACCAAGGGUAAUGGUCACCAAAUAUUCCAAAAUGGAAUGUUCAUAUCACAAGUGUUAAAAUCCAUUGGCUGAUCACCAGCUUUAACCAAUCGGCAUCUUUAUCCACUUUGUUUCAUUUUGUAGUCAACUCAUCUGUCAAUUCCUAUAACAUGGAUCAGAUGGAAAACAGCACAGUCUUGGGAAAUUAACCUAUGUACGUUAAAGGAACACACCUAAAUAUAUUCAUAGAGAAUGUAUUUAUUGCUGCGCCGCAAAGCAAUCUGUGAAAGCAACCUCCUGGCUGUUUAACAGCAACUACGGUGCAACCUAGACACUAUAUAAAAGUGCCGAUUUCUCUGGUGCCUUUAUGAAGUGACAAAGGGGCUACACUAAUGUCCAAAGCACAUCAGUAGGCUGAUGUUUGAGGGGGUGUGAAGUGUUCAUUUAAAACAAUCAGCCAUUUGCUAUUAAAGGGGCACUAUAAUAUUAGGAACACAAGUGUGUAUUCCUGACACUAUAGUUCUAAAACCUCCAUUAAGGUGGUUGGCCCGCCCUUACCUCGAGUUAGAAAGGCGACUUACUCUUUUUCCAGAACAGUGCUGGGCACCUGCAUCUGGCCCAAGCUCUGAUCCGCCUCCUUGACUGACAUAACUGUCUGAGGAGUGGCCUCUAGAUGUGCACCUGGGCUGUAUUCUCUGAAAAGUUAGUAUUAACAGCAAAACAACUGCAGGGACUGACUAUACUCACAAGAACAACUACAUUAAGCUAUAGUUGUUCUGGUGAUUACAGUGUUCCUUUAAGCGUCUUUUCCACUGAAGACCCUGGACACCGCUACUCCCAUUCCUAUGGUUUUGAUUAUUUCUUCAUAUGAAAGUUAAAACUUGUUUUCAGUAUAUUGAAAUAGUCAUUGUGUUUAAGAUUAAGGCAGCCACCGAGGCUCGAACUCAGGACAAUGAAUUAUCUCAACAAAUGUCUGGGAAGAGAUAACAUUUGUUGGGCAGGUGUGUGUGUGUGUGUGUGUGUGUGUGUGUUUUAGUGUAGGCUUUCUACUCUGACUAUAAUUUUUUUUUAUAUUAAGUGUUCUUAAAUGGAGAUUGAGAUUUACUGGUUUAAAUAAAGUCUCUGUUAAUGGCCCGUCCAUGAUCUUUCUCUUUGUGUAUUAAUUUGUUUUAUGUUUGUUAUAUUUUGCAGCUUACUAUUCAUGGUUCCUGUUGCCUGCUCAUUAUUCCCACAAAGAUGGUAAAACAUUUAAAGUGUUUUUUUUUUCUUUUUCCAUUUAAUGAUUAUUUAUAUUGUUGCACUUCCAAAUCUGUGUGUGAUACCAGUGUCAGAGGACUAUAUGCUCAAAGUCAAUAAAUCCUAGUCUUGCAGGGUACAUACAGAGCUACUCUUACACUGAGAGAAGGCUGAACACAGACUUGUAGACUAUAAAUAGGACAACCGUAUAUAAUAGAUGACAUCCAUAUACCCAGUCUUUAUACAUGCCACCCAAUAUUUCUAUUGGCCCAGCAGAGAUGCAUGUUUAGGGGUAAUUCUGGAGACGUGGCCCAGGGACAGGUCUAUUUGGGGAAUUUAUCGAUAUUCCAGACCUAGCUAUAGCAAAUUAUGAAAAUUAGCAAGUUAAGUGGACCAAAGUCAAGGCAUUUACACUGUCACACUGUUCUAAAUCCAUGUAAUGUAAAUUCUAACAAAUAUCACUACCAGUUUUAUUUGUAUGGCACUUGUGAUACAUUUAUACACAACAAACAUUCUAACCCCCUACAAAAGGACAGCUAGGUAGAAAGAAAGAUAACAAGGGAUUUGGGUCGGAAAGAAGAAACGCCCCUCCAAAAUAGGGAGAUCUGGAUGGUGUAUAGUCUUGCUUGUUCUGAGCAUUUCCCCCUUACAUUUAAAUUCUUUAUCUCCCCAAUCUUUCACUCUUGUUCGAUUUUGGUGUAAUCAAGUCCUAUUUUCCCAAUGUCAUUAUUAUUGUGUACCCUUUUUGCUCCGAUACAGAAUUUGGCACCAUUUUAUUAUCUCUGCAGCCCUUGCAAUGCUUGUGUUGCCUUUUACCUGUCUGUCAACAUUCCUUCUUUGGUCUGCGUCUCUUGCAGCAACCAGUUUAACCUUCUGUCUGUCUUUCACCCUUUGUUCAGUCCCUCCCUUAUUCUUAUUGCUUGGAAGGCACAGAUGUGUUUGUAAUAACCAGUUGGUUCCUUGCAUGCCAGAGUUAAAAAAAUUUGGUUUAACUGCAUAAUUUAAAAUGAUUGACAUUUCAAUGCAUAGUGCAUUUCUUGUGCAAAAAUAGUACUCUUGCUUUCCAGAUAAUAUUUUCUGUUGGGGGGGUGGGGAGGGGAUAAUAAUUUUUUUUUUGUGCUUUUGCCAUUUGUCUCUGUGGAGGUAAAACACUGCAAAAUAUGGACACAGAACAGGAUGUUUGUUCUUCUCCCAACCCCCGAAUGAUGAUAUUUUGUCCCACCCUGCUGACAUUGCUCUGUCGUCCACAUAUUUGUCUUUAACAUAUUUUUUGUGUAAUAGCUUAAAGGGUUACUCCAACCACCGUGACCAUUUCAGUGAUUUGAAGAGGUCAUGGUGGUAAAAGUCCAAAUGUGCAGUGUUUCUGCUUUUAACACUGCACAUACAGAGAUAUUUUGUAAUUGUAUGCUGGGAUCUAGUUGCACCACCAGCACGCAUGAUAUUGCCAGGCCUGUUCUGGGCUGCAUAAUGUCAAUUCUAAGCAUAAAUUACAGAUGUUGUCAGCACGCAUAGCACACUGAUAACAGAUGUUAAAAUCUGCUCCUUGCAACAGAAUGCCUGCAAUGAAACGCAAGCACCCGCGCCCUCCCUUGUUGUGGGUGCUCCCCCCAACUCCCUUUGCUGACCCAAAGGCUAUGCAUGCGCUCAGAGCCAGCGUGCGGCCCAAGUGACGCCUUUGUUCUAAACACAUUAUUUUAAUAUUUGUUUUGUUUUGUUUUUUCUUACAGUUCGAUGGCAGUGAAUUCCCUAGAGCCAGAACUUCGUGAUUCUAUCGUGAACAAGUAUGGAGACAAAGUUCGCUACGUUUAUUUUAAUAAAGGACUAUAGCAACAUUAAAAAAGAACACAUUGUUACUGACGGACAGUGUUUCAAUAAUAAGAUUGGUGCUGCUUCGACUGGUCCUUUUCUACUCUCUUACCCACGUUUCUCUUAAACCAAAAUGAGCCAAAUUCAAAUGAUUCCAUAGAGUCGACAAUCUACAUGUAAUCUCUUACUUCUCAAACAAAUGAAUCAUUUUAGGAACUUAGAACCAUAAGGGAAAGUCUCAGAAUUGCAGGUGUGUAUGAACAAAGCUUCUCUUGUAGCUUAGACAACCUUAUUUGCUGGCUGAGAAUCAUGUGAAAUAUAUCUCACAGACUGCUGUAACGCCCAGCUUAACAAUUUGAGGCUUUAGUUGACCUCCCUUUUUUUUAAUGCACAUUACAAUGCAAAAACAAACCAAAAAAAAAGCUUUAAAAGACAAUAUAAUACGCUUUAAAACAGACUUGUUCAUAUGGUUUCAAAUCUAAUGGGGUUCAUCCAAAUUAUGGGCAGUUGGUAGAUCAUCUGUAUUCCGUAAACACCAUAUGGAGGUAACAUGAACAAACAAACCAGACAUUGGACGCGCAUGUUCGUUUGUUUCGUGAUUCGGAGUUCUGUCUGUGGUGCUAGAAAUAAAACUGACCAUAAAUGAUAUUUUUCCCCCCAUCAAUCAUCUGACAGUCACUAAAUGAUGAUUUUAGUCACAGAUUAGAUGAGAAGUGACCAAGAGAGUAGGAAAAAAAAGGUGGAGCAGUAAUAUAUAUUAAUAUAUGAAAACCUAUAUAUAUAUAUAUAUAUAUAUAUAUAAAAUCCAGUAUGCUUGCACUCCAGGUAUAAAUGACACUAUUGCCCAGUGCAAAUCCAGCUAAAAUUGUGGGUAUCCAAGUAAACGGAAUGCACUCCAGGGUCUUUGAAAUUAUUUAAAAAAAUGUAACUUGUAAUUCAUAUAAAAAAAAAAUAAAAGAAUAUACAUCAACGUUUCGGCUCACAUCAGGAGCCUUCCUCAGGAUACCAAAUAUUUUUAUUCAUAUAUUUUUGAUAUGAAUUAAAAGUUAAAUUUUAUUAUAAUUUCAAAGACCCUGGAGUGCAUUCAUAUUGUAUUAUACAUAUGAUAUAUAUUUUUUAAUAAAUAUAGAUUUAAUUUAUAUAUUUUUUACUGCUCCUUUUUCCCCUCUGUUGGUAACUUUUUCUCACUUUAUCGUUAAACCAAAAAUGGUAAAAUUAAUCGGUGUACUGGGAAAUACACUGGCCCAUUUUCAUGCUCUUUUUUUGUUGUUGUUUGUCCGAGUCAUUUUCAGAAAUAUUUUACAUGGACAAUAUUUGUUUGAACGAACCAUCACUUGGACAAAUAUUGGACUACCUGAAUUUUCUUUUUUUAUGAGUUGAUUCAGCCAAACCAAAUGUAUUCCGCCACGCACAUGUCUGCUUUUAAAGUUCCUUUUUGUUUGAAGGUUGUACAGUUUCUGUAUUGUCCUCUUCAAGGGCAAUGAUGUUACUGAAGCUAUUUAUCCUGGCCAUUAGAGGGCAAUAAAAUAUAUAUACUUUUGCCCUCUUUUGAAUAAGAAAUGUAAAAGGUUGGACAUGAUGUACUUGAGUCUAUUUUAAAUCUUACAUAAAAAACAGAGAGAACUGGAAUACCAUAUAUUUAAAAAAACGAACUUUUUUUAGCCAUUUAAAAUGGAAAAGAACUGUCAAUAUUAAAAGCAAUUCGGAAUAGAGAUCUUAAUGAAACCACUAGAAAUUGUAAAAGUAUUGUGCAGUGCCAUGCAUUCUAAAUAAAGGAUUAACUUAUAGCUAACACAUAAACAAAAGAUAGAGUAUAGUGUGUAACUAAAGCGUUACAAUGUCACACUUCUCGAAUAACCGGGCUUGAGGAAAAAAAUACUACUAAUAAAUCUGGUGUAUAUGAAAUUCACAGAAAGUAUACAGCAGAAGAAAUAACUACUGCAAAAGGCAGCAGAGAAAACCAGAUUUAAAAAUAAGAAUUGUACCUGACUCUGUGUCUUAAAGGGCAUCUAACAGUUUCACUGGUCAUGCCUUCAAGGGCACCUAAGCGACCAAAAUAGAUAAUGACUAUCUGUUAGUUCUAGUUUUAAACUAGUCUUAAAGCCGAGAUUUAAAAGUCCCAAACAGAGUUAUAGCAUCAGAAGAGAAUCAAAUUCAGCGAUAAAUUAGGACUUAAACUGAGCCCUGCCACGUGUUUCACCAGUCAGAUGGCUCUUCAAGGGAGAAUGAACAUCCAAAAUGCUUGCUCUUAAAUCAGGCACUCUAAGAAAUAAUUGGGCAACCGUGGUGUCCAAUCAAAAGUCCACACAUAGAUCGAUGUUGGAUUGAGUCAAUUGAUAUCUAUGGAGGAGAGGAUAUGAGUGGAGAAUGUUGGGGAGGGGCAAAAGUCUGAUGUAAACAAAUGUCAAUAAUUUAGUUUAAUUGGAAAUCAAAGAUAUUACAAAUUGUGGCCUCUGUAUGUACUGAAUAGGUAGCUGUAUCUAAAAUAUCUGUUUUAUACAGCAGGUUGUCUGACAGAUGACAAGACCUGUAACAGGUCACCAGUAUAUGCUAUACCUAAAACAGGAUAUGAUUCACUAAAUGCUAAAGACCUCAUUUAAGUAUUAAAGUGUGUGUCUAUAGCAGAUAAAGUAAAAUUAUCAAAACAUAAACAAAUCUCCGUAGUAUAAUGAGAAUUGAAAUGAUAAUCUUAAAAAGACCGAAAGCUCAUAAUGGGUUGCUAUGAUACCAAUGCGUAACAAUAGGUCUCCGUUAAUAAUACAAACCGAGGUGGGUAUAGAUUGCCUGCAGGCCAAAUAUUUGAGAGACUCUAAUGCAACAUUUGGAUAGUGAACCUGCAUCGAUGACAAACAGGAAAUUGUUCACUAAAUGCUGGAGACCUCAGGCAGCCGGCUAUACAGUCCGGUAACGAUGGGUAAUCAAAGGGUCCUUUGGAAUUAGAAUGUUUAGGUAAGGGUAUUAGUGGUAUGGGCAAUUAUUUAACCUACUCACCCAUACCUAAAAAUGAAAUAUUGCAUGAAGCGCAAAUGGUCAUAGCAAGAUAACGUCCCUCAAUUGCUAAUUAUUAUUAUGGUCACUAGAAGUUCUGAAACAGGUGGACAGCCUGAGAUAUCCAGUCUCAAAAGCAAAAUUAACAAAUGUACUAAUGAUUCCAAGGUGGAUCCCUACAUAUGUCUCACAUCCUUCAGUGUUAAUUCCCCAAGGGGAAAAGUAAAAGUCCUCAGAAUAUAAUAAGCAGCAGCCUGGAUAACUGUAGCAUUAAGUUACAGUAACUAGAUCCUAAUGUAGUAAGAUAACUGGUGUAUGUAACAAAUGACCGUUGUGUUAAUGUUUCCUUAUUCAUGGAUGAAAAAUGUGAAGUUAAAUUCUUCGUUUUAACACCCAGGUGCCGUUAUGUUAAAUUCAUAAAUCCAUUUAGAUUCCAUCUUCAACUGGGGCAGAUGGAAAUCCUCUUUCCAUGAAUUAGUUGUUGAUUUCUCCGAAGCUUUGAAUUGCAAGUUUUUUAUUUUCCCAUUGUGGAAAUGUAUAACAUGUCGAGCUGUAGUAGUGGAGACAUCGGGGUUUGUUAUAGAGUCAAUGUGUUGUAAGAUCCGACGUCUAAAUUGUUGCAAUGUUUUGCCGAUAUACUGUAAGUAUGGAGCUGCGGUUGAUGAAGUAAUUGAUGUGUACAGUCGUUCCUGUUUGAGAGCAUGUUACAGUUUGGCAAGAUUUAAUGUAGUCACAUGCUUUACAGUGUCCACAACAUAAGACCCCCUUGGUCUGUGUUAGCCGUUCCGAGUUCAGUUUAAGUGGCUCAAAAUGACUGUGUACCAAAAGAUCAGAAUGAUUUCUAGAUCUGCAGACCGAAAGGGCUGGUGUAGAAGUCAGAACUUCCUUGAGCUCCUGAUCGUGUAAUACGAUUGGCCAAUUAUGUGCCAUAAUCACUUUUUCUAGCUUAAUAAAAGUUAUGUUUUAUUAUAUAUAUAGUAUUCCAGUUCUGGGAAAAUCACUUUUAUCUCGCUGUAUUUGUUGCUAUAAUUGUCUCACCUUUUUAUCAUUGCAAUAGGAGCCGUAUAGUGGUGUUUUUAGAGAUAUAUAUUUUUUUUCCCCAUGAAGCCAUUUUAGGUGCAUUCUUACCUCUUCAGUGCCCAGAAUCCCUCUGAUAAUAAGCUGUUGGAAAGUUCGCAAAAAUGCAUUCAAUGUUCUUUUGUUCUUUUUGUUUGUUUUCAAACAUGAAAUGCAAUCAAAUUCUCUAAGUCAAUUUAGCUAUUCGCUCUGUCACAAUGAAUAAUGCCUUCCUUGUGACAAUGACUGCCACUGACUGUCUGGGAUUUUGUACCAGUUUUAUUCGUCUUGGCUGUCUUGUCACUUAUCCAGCUUUUCUAAACCAAAACUACGAAAAUAUGUCUGCAUCCCACUGUGGGCAGCUAAUAAUUUCACUUUCCUCCAUGGAAAUAUGUCUCACCACUCCACAAGUAAUUCUGAUUUUGUCCAUGUUGGAACAAUGUUAUAAACCAUGGUAUACGUCUCUUUGUAUUUCCACACCAAAUAAAAUAUUUUUAAACAAAUGCCACUUUACAUUUGAGUUAUCUGCUUUCCACUAAAAAGUCUGAAUUUUGGAUUAAUGUGCUCCACGGACAAGCGUGAUCUUAUAUACUGUUAAUAUAUGGCACUCCCGCUCUGGAUCAACGGAGGAACAAAAAGUCCAGGUAUAAAAAAAAUAUAUAUUUAAUAUUUUGUUUAUUAUUCUACUUAAACUUGUUGUUUUUUCCUUUGAUCCAGAGCUGCUGUCUCUGGGGGAAAGGAGUGUGACCUAUAAUUGGGGCAAUGCUUUAUACACUUAGAGCCAGUGGUUCUUUAUGAGGUGAGCACAACAUAUAGUGCCUUACAAUUCAGAUACCUAAGGAUAAUACACUUAAACGGACACUCCAGACCCCUAAUGCACUUUCGUUUGCUGAAAAGCUUUGUGUGUCAAGAGUGUGUCCUCUUUUUUUUUUUUUUGCAAAAAUUGUAGAUUUUAUUAGAAGUAGACACUUUUAUAGAAUAUACUGGUCAUAGCCCAUUGGCCUUUUUAACAGACAAGAGCUCCUGUUACUUCCUGGUUGGUUAACUUAUUUGCACUGAACUCAAGUAGCAGCAAUUGCCCAGAGCUCAUUGAGCUGCAUUGGGAGGUCUCUGAUUGGACAGCCACAGAAAGUCUGGGCGGGGUUAGAAGGGAGAGGAGGGUUUGUAAAGGCAGCAGACAAGAGAUCUGCCGUUUUUGCAAGCUAUUUUUAGAUAUAACUUCAAUAAAAAAUGCAUAAUUAAAUGCAUGCAGGUUUUUAUUGGGGGUUAUAUCUACUAAAUAGGGAUUUUUUUAUUCAUUUUGAAUUUGGGCAGUGGAGUGUCCCUUUAAAUAUGCUUCUUUUUCUUUAUAGCCACAAGUCCCAGAGUACAUACAGGGAGUGCAGAAUUAUUAGGCAAAUGAGUAUUUUGACCACAUCAUCCUCUUUAUGCAUGUUGUCUUACUCCAAGCUGUAUAGGCUCGAAAGCCUACUACCAAUUAAGCAUAUUAGGUGAUGUGCAUCUCUGUAAUGAGAAGGGGUGUGGUCUAAUGACAUCAACACCCUAUAUCAGGUGUGCAUAAUUAUUAGGCAACUUCCUUUCCUUUGGCAAAAUGGGUCAAAAGAAGGACUUGACAGGCUCAGAAAAGUCAAAAAUAGUGAGAUAUCUUGCAGAGGGAUGCAGCACUCUUAAAAUUGCAAAGCUUCUGAAGCGUGAUCAUCGAACAAUCAAGCGUUUCAUUCAAAAUAGUCAACAGGGUCGCAAGAAGCGUGUGGAAAAACCAAGGCGCAAAAUAACUGCCCAUGAACUGAGAAAAGUCAAGCGUGCAGCUGCCGCGAUGCCACUUGCCACCAGUUUGGCCAUAUUUCAGAGCUGCAACAUCACUGGAGUGCCCAAAAGCACAAGGUGUGCAAUACUCAGAGACAUGGCCAAGGUAAGAAAGGCUGAAAGACGACCACCACUGAACAAGACACACAAGCUGAAACGUCAAGACUGGGCCAAGAAAUAUCUCAAGACUGAUUUUUCUAAGGUUUUUAUGGACUGAUGAAAUGAGAGUGAGUCUUGAUGGGCCAGAUGGAUGGGCCCGUGGCUGGAUUGGUAAAGGGCAGAGAGCUCCAGUCCGACUCAGACGCCAGCAAGGUGGAGGUGGAGUACUGGUUUGGGCUGGUAUCAUCAAAGAUGAGCUUGUGGGGCCUUUUCGGGUUGAGGAUGGAGUCAAGCUCAACUCCCAGUCCUACUGCCAGUUUCUGGAAGACACCUUCUUCAAGCAGUGGUACAGGAAGAAGUCUGCAUCCUUCAAGAAAACAUGAUUUUCAUGCAGGACAAUGCUCCAUCACACGCGUCCAAGUACUCCACAGCGUGGCUGGCAAGAAAGGGUAUAAAAGAAGAAAAUCUAAUGACAUGGCCUCCUUGUUCACCUGAUCUGAACCCCAUUGAGAACCUGUGGUCCAUCAUCAAAUGUGAGAUUUACAAGGAGGGAAAACAGUACACCUCUCUGAACAGUGUCUGGGAGGCUGUGGUUGCUGCUGCACGCAAUGUUGAUGGUGAACAGAUCAAAACACUGACAGAAUCCAUGGAUGGCAGGCUUUUGAGUGUCCUUGCAAAGAAAGGUGGCUAUAUUGGUCACUGAUUUGUUUUUGUUUUGUUUUUGAAUGUCAGAAAUGUAUAUUUGUGAAUGUUGAGAUGUUAUAUUGGUUUCACUGGUAAUAAUAAAUAAUUGAAAUGGGUAUAUAUUUGUUUUUUGUUAAGUUGCCUAAUAAUUAUGCACAGUAAUAGUCACCUGCACACACAGAUAUCCCCCUAACAUAGCUAUAACUAAAACAAACUAAAAACUACUUCCAAAAAUAUUCAGCUUUGAUAUUAAUGAGUUUUUUGGGUUCAUUGAGAACAUGGUUGUUGUUCAAUAAUAAAAUUAAUCCUCAAAAAUACAACUUGCCUAAUAAUUCUGCACUCCCUGUAGAUGACGGUUCAGCGCUAAAUAAUCUGAUAGAAACUUAAAGCAAGUGGGGAAGCAGCAACUUAUAAGUAUGAGGCUACCUCAGAAAACCUCACAAAGAGGGAAACAGACAAAAAUUGGUAUAUAGGUCGCGCUAUAAAAGCAACGGGAUAAUGUAAACAAUGGAAGUCCCAAUAGCACUAUAUACGUCUCUUAUCUUUUUAUAUAUCGAGGAGCUUUCAAGAAUCUCAUCACCUAUAUCCAACCAGUGGGGGAUUGAUGCCACUGAAUGCUAAGAAUACUUGAGCAAGUUUUCUGCUCAUAAAUAGGUGAGUGCUUUAUCUAUUUAUAGAUUUCCACUUGCCCACCUGUUGACAUUCUAUCUGCACUAUUGGAGUUUUCCUGUCUUUUUUAUGUAUCCACAUAUCAACAAGUGAACCAAGACAUCUCCAGCACAAGAAGAUUCAGAUACUCAUUGGACUCUAUACAUAUCCAAGCAUCCUACAGGUUGAUUUAACAUACAAGUCCCAGAAUCACUGCUUGGGUGGUGUGACACCUUAAAGGCACAGAAACACAAACAAUCAUAUUAGGCUCUAUUAUAUGUGAGUGGACAAUGUCACAUGUUGUACACAUAAUGGGUGUUGCAAUACUGUUUUAAACUAUUGUUCAAUAUUUGGUUUUAUUUGCAUAUAUUGGCAUAAGUCUAUUCAAAGCCCUGGGCAAGUAAUAUUAAAAACCGCUCCACUUUUAUACACUGUUUGAUCUUAACUGUUUAUCCAAACCUAAUUAAAUCAUUUGAAGAGCUUAUCCUAAGAUAUUAAAUUGAGGCCAUACUUAUGCUUGGAUGCUUAAAUAAUGCAGUCAUACACAAUGUAUCAAAAAACAAAAGCAUAGAAAAACUGUUAUGUUAGGGCGGAAUAAAAUGUUCUAUAAGAAUUGGAUAACUUUAGAGUAGCCAUAGAACUGAAAAUUAGACAUUAAGGGUGCAAAGACAAGUCAGACAAAGGUUGCUGUCAUAGAGAGAGUCCAAAUUGAGUUAAAAUUAGAGAGUAGUAAUGCAUAAAUAUGCCUUACUGAAUACUCCAUUUAAAUUAAACUUCUAAAUGUUGUUGCGAAAAAUAUUUGUCAUUUUAACCAAAGUAGUUCUUUCCGGUUAGUCUUUCAGAUAGGGAGUGAUAAAAUGCUGAAAUAUUUAUAUAUAGUCAUAGAGAUUACCAUCACAUGCCAAACUUCAUGACAGCUAUUAGGUACAGUAACAGGAACUGCCUAAAAAAAAAACAUUACAGAACAAAUACAUUUCUCCAUGUGUGCAAUAGAUUAAUUCAGUAUAAAAGCACAUUAAGAAAAGAUUAGAAGUAUCAAAGGAACACCAAAGUUAUCAAUAACAUAAUAGUUUUACGGCAUCCACUUUAGAAACAUUAAAAAAAUAUUGUCUCUUAUCCAGCAUCAUCUCUGGUCCAAUUCAAGCAUUUAUAGAGACGCAUUGAUGUGCUAGGGCGCAUGAAUGCAACAUUUUCCAACUGGAUGCUUCUCCGAGAGGAACACUAUCCCAAUACUUUUCUGUGCGAACAUUUAUCAGUUGUCUGAGACGUAGUGAUUGAAAACGAGAAGAACUGUUAUUUUCUUUUUAAUGUCCUCAUAAGGAAAAACCUCUAGUGACUGUCAGACUGGCAGUCAUAUUCUCUGACAUAGGUAAACAUUGCCUUUUCUGAGAAACGGCUAAUUUUACAUGGAGCACAGUGCCAGGACAGGGACUUUGCACUAAAACCACUACAUUAAGAUGAAGUUUGUUUAGUGUGUCCCUCAAACCGCCUAAGUUACCCCAAGUGGACAAUCUGGCACAUGCUUGGUAAUUACAGUUUACAGCCAACCCGUUUUACUCACCUGAUUCCAGCGCCGGGAGCCUCGUGAAACCAAAAUGACGAAAUAGGCGGGCGCGAGCAGGGAGCAAUCAGAGAAGUGCCUUCUCUCUCCUGCAAACGUCAGACGUAUUUUAAUACAUCUGACGUGUAGAAGGCCUUUUUAGGGCCCUACAUGAUAGGAAGUCCCUCUGGUGGCCGUCUGAGUGACUGCCACUGGAGGUAUUCCUAUCAAUCAAUGUAAACACUGUAUUUUCUCUCAUUAGAUUGCCUGCAGGGAGCUAUAGAUCUCACCUGAACAACUACAUUAAGCUGUAGUUGUUCAUGUGACUAUAGUGUCCCUUUAAUAACUUAUUUUCAUUUUUAUCCCCUUCAUUUAUUUUGACAAAUAAUGAAGUCCCUGAGCAGGUGGAGUUGCGGGUCUAGAGGCAGUGUUGUAUGUAACAGCGGCAGGGAGCCUGAAGCAGGUUAUAUUUGAGAAAUUCAACACCUACAAAUUUAAAGAAUAGUUGAAAUCCUUUCGGAGGCAUGUUUAUAUGGACUGCAUAGAUGUAUGGGAUAUUUUGCACAAUUGUUAUUCAUUGAUGUUGAACUGUUUCACGUAGAAAAAAAAUAAACAAGACAAGUUUGUAAUCUCAAUAUUGACAUUUACAUGAAUCUCAUGAGCAAUGCUCGGAACAAAUUAUUCAGUAGUACAUGUAACACUGUAUGACUGAGGACAUCUACUGGUUACCGAGGGCAGUACACAAUUCUUCUAUCGCCUUCACAAUAUAUCUUGAUUUUAUUUUCUGCUAUGUAGCAUACACAAUGCCUGAUCUAAACAAUGCUUGACUUCAGUUGUAACUGUAUGAAUUAUUAUAGUAUUAGUCGGAAUAGCUGUUCCCAAGUAGAAAUGGAAUAUGAGACUCCGUAUUGUACUAGGUUUUACAUGUCAGAUAUGUCUCUGUCCAACUUUUAGGCAUCCUAAAAUGAAUUAAUGACAAAUAUAAAUAAACAAAGAAGUUUUGACAGAUGUAAAAUGUAAUUCCCCUAAAACUCUGAAUUGUAGCAAUUUUACAUCCAAGUUCCAGAACUAACGUGAAAGAAACCAGGCUGUUUCUAUACCGAAUUUUUCCAAAUGUUACCAUUUUCAUUUUCAUUAAAUUGUGGCAUCUCAACCACUAACACAAUUUGGAGAAAUGCAGAAUGGUGGCAGGGCAACAAGCCAACCAAUUUAGAGUUAUUCACAAAAGUGAUAAUUACCCGGAACUCAAAGUAAUUUAAAAUUUAAGAUCAGAAUAGAAAACUGAAAACAGGGGACAUGGAGAAUUUUCUGUAUUUGCUAUUUUGGCUUAAAUUUCGAAAUUCACUUUUAAUUCCAGAUGAUUUUCACUUUAGUGAAUAACUCCAAUUGAGUAUAGAUCAGAAACUAGAGGUAAGAAGGGAACCUGACUAAGGGCACGUUCCUGAGCCUCGAGUGGUUGGGUCUAACACAGCAGAACUCAGAGAGGAAAACUUGUAUAAGAGAAUUAACCAGGAAUAGCCAGAGCUGGACACGUCAGAGAUACAAUAACGACAAGCCUGCUCGACAAUAACUGAUAUCAGGAGCGGAUAACUACCCAGAUCAGGGACAAGGACUAUCAUGAGCAGAGCAGGAUACUGAAUGCUUAUCUCAGAGAUAAAAUCACAGCAAUGGUUCAGGAAGCUCAUUCCUCUUCUAAAGUUUGAGUUCUGUUGGUUGAAUAUGAGGUGAAUGGGUUGUAUCGGUGGACUCAGGGUAAUAGUUCCGACGCUCAAAAGGUCCUAUGUUCGCGUAUUUAGGUACUCGCAAUGGUGAUCGGUAACCAUAUUUCAAAGCUCUCCUCUAUUUACAGGAACACUAUAGUGUCAUGAACACAAUCAGGUAUUACUGUUACUUUAGUGGUAAAAUCACUAUUAAGGUCUCUGCCCCCCCUCCUCACUUUUUUUUUUUUACUGCUAUACUGUGCCAGUGUCGACAUGGCUGGCCCUGCUUUGCCUUGCUUCUAUGAUAAUCUUAGCCAAUCCAAUGAUUUCCCAUAGGAAGGCAUUGGGAUGCUAUUGCACAUGAGCGGCAAAAUGCUGCGCUGAUCCAAUCAGCAUCUCCUCAUCGAGAUACAUCGCUCACUGUGAAGCACUGAGAGAGGAAGCACCUCUAGUGGCUGUCUGAGUGACUGACACUAGAGUUGUAUCUUUUCUCUGAAAAGGCAGUGUUUACAUUAAAAUGCCUGCAGGGACUAGCUAUACUCACCAGAAUAGCUACAUUAAACUGUAGUUGUGGUGAUUAUAGUGUCUCUUUAAUGUCCUUGAUCUUCCAUUCAAUCACACACUUUUUUGUGUUUUUACUUUAUUGUUUCUGUAAAUACCAACUUUUGUCAAUACUAAAUAAAUGUAGCAAUACUUAAGCUAAUCUUGUUUUUCAUUAUAUGUAUUCACCCAUUGAAGUUUUUAAUGAUCUUUAUUGAAAUUGACAAAAACAAAAUGCAGCUAUAUUAAUAAGUGAAUGAUCUACAUUUUUUAGUCUGCGAAGGAUCAUAGGAGUUGUAGUUCUACAACAUCUGGGUAUCUACCUAUUGGGCGCCGCUGGUAUGUAGGCUUACUAACGCUCAGCCAUAUGCACACAUUAACAUGCGUGCUGGUACACACUAAUGUGCAUGCACAAACCUACAUGUAAUGAUUAACACCUUAACAUGCAUAAAUAUAGGCAUUCUGACACACUGAUAGACACAGAAACAAAGUAACACACAGACACAAAAUAAAAAUUAAAUUUUAUAGUUAUAAUACUGUAGUUUUGUUGUAAUUUCAUAUGAUGUGUAUGUAUAUAUAUAUAAUUAUUAUUUUUUUAAAAAAAAAUGUAUCUCAUGUGUGUCAGAUGUCAUACUUUGGAAAUAACUCUUAUGUAACAUAGCAGGCCAGGAGCUAAACCUGCAUCCCAGGCACGACUAGCAGCAGCUGUUUUUCAAGUAACUCAGAAAACUAAUGACUAUUUUUGUUCUGUAACAGAAUAUUUGUAUUUGUUGUUUUGACUUGUUUGCAGAGUGACUGGUAUUAAUAUCAAGUAACUGAAUAUGCUGAGAGUUUUGACGGUUCCAAAUAAGCAGGACACAUGUUUAAACUUAUUGUUCGACGGGAUCUGUUUGUGCAAGUACUGAAAGCACCUAAUAGCCAAUUAUUAAUGCACGGUCUCCUGGUUGAUCACAUUUGGUUUAGUAAUCAGAAACUCCCCCAAAAGCCUUCAGCGGAACUCACAUGGUACGUACUUUUUAUUUUAUUUAUUUUUAACCCCUUAAGGACACAUGACAUGUGACAUGUCAUGAUUCCCUUUUAUUCCAGAAGUUUGGUCCUUAAGGGGUUAAAAUACUUUUUAUUUAUCAAAAAUUAAUACCAUACAAAAUCUUCAUAUCGAAAUUCCAAUAUAUCUGAUAUAUGAAUAAAGACAUUUUCUAUAUUAUCAUAUUUCAUCAAACAAUUAAAAACAUACAUCAGCAUUAACAUCAAAACAAAUAAAAAUAAAUAGAAUGUCAGAAAUUGCUGCUUUGCUAUAAUUGAUUAAUCUUAGGAUUAUAGGGAAGAAACUGCAUAUUAAAGGAGCACUAUAGGGUCAGGAACAGAAACAUGUAUUCCUGACACUAUAGUGUUAAAACCACCAUCUAGCCACCCUGGUCCCCUCAUGCCUCCCUAAAUAUAGAUAUUUAAAUAUAAAAUCUUACUUGUAUUCAAGUCUGCAGCUGCUUAUUUUGUCCCUGUUUCCUUUAGUCCUGCCAGCUGCCAUCAUCAGAAGUAGUGGCCUGAUCCAAUCACAGUGCUUCCCCAUAGGAUUGGCUGAGACUGACAAGGAGGCAGAUCAGGGGCAGAUCCAGAAUGAUUCAAACACAGCCCUGGCCAAUCAGCAUCUCCUUAUAGAAAUGAAUUUAAUCAAUGAAUCUCUAUGAGGAAAGUUCAGUGUCUGCAUGCAGAGGGAGGCAACACUGAAUGUUUGGAUGCAUUUUAGGCAGCUAUGACCCAGGAAGGAUCUAACAGCCAUCUGAGCAGUGGCCAGUGAAGUUAUCACUAGGCUGUAAUGUAAACACUGCAUUUUCUCUGAAAAGACAGUGUUUACAGCAAAAAGCCUGAAGGGAAUGAUUCUACUCACCAGAACAAAUUCAAUAAGCUGUAGUUGUUCUGACGACUAUAGUGUCCCUUUAAUGCUAAAUUAAUUUUUCCUCUUUCCUUUUCAUUUCCCUUUCCCUUCCCUUAUUCUCUAUAUUAUUUUUCUUUUGUUGUACAAGGUUUUUUUAUAUGUCCUAAUUACCAUACAUUUUCUCCUUCUAGUAAAUCCUGUUUUUGAUCUUUUUAGCCAUUUUGUACUCAGAAUUCAUCUUUUUGAUAAAUAUUUAACCAAUACCUCCAUUGCUUUUGAUCUUUUUUGUUCCUGUUUAUUUGGUAAGAUAUUCCUUUCUCCAUUUCCAAUUGUGUAAUUGUUUGAUUCUUAAAGGGACACUAUAGUCACCUGAACAACUUUAGCUUAAUGAAGCAGUUUUGGUGUAUAGAACAUGCCCCUGCAGCCUCACUGCUCAAUCCUCUGCCAUUUAGGAGUUAAAUCCCUUUGUUUAUGAACCCUAGUCACACCUCCCUGCAUGUGACUUGCACAGCCUUCCAUAAACACUUCCUGUAAAGAGAGCCCUAUUUAGGCUUUCUUUAUUGCAAGUUCUGUUUAAUUAAGAUUUUCUUAUCCCCUGCUAUGUUAAUAGCUUGCUAGACCCUGCAAGAGCCUCCUGUAUGUGAUUAAAGUUCAAUUUAGAGAUUGAGUUACAAUUAUUUAAGGUAAAUUACAUCUGUUUGAAAGUGAAACCAGUUUUUUUUUUCAUGCAGGCUCUGUUAAUCAUAGCCAGGGGAGGUGUGGCUAGGGCUGCAUAAACAGAAACAAAGUGAUUUAACUCCUAAAUGACAGUGAAUUGAGCAGUGAAAUUGCAGGGGAAUGAUCUAUUCACUAAAACUGCUUUAUUUAGCUAAAGUAAUUUAGGUGACUAUAGUGUCCCUUUAAUUUCUUGCCAAGUUGGAAUUUUUUGGGAUAUCCAAUUUCUUCCAAUUGAAGGUUUUACAGCAGUUAAAUUAUGUAAUAUCUUUUUUCAUGAUUAUUUUGUUUCUGAAAGAAUAAAUGUAAUAAACUUUAGAAUCCGAAAUCCGAAAUUUUUAAUUAAUCUUUGAGAGAUAUCAAACCAUACUGUUUGAAUCUUUUUACAUGACCCCCAAACAUGCAUAUAAUCAGCAUACUGAUCCCUACAUCUCCAGCAAUCAUGAAGAGCAUUUGGAUAUAUAUAUAUUUGUAGUCUGGGCAAUAUAGCCGUAUACAGAAAUCUAGCAUAUAAUAACCAUAACAUUAUUGAGUUGGAACCAGUCGGUUGUGGUGUGCCGGAACCGACAAAGCAGUAGGCUUGUAAUAAAAGUGGGUAAAAGAAGAUACCAUAAGACGUAAUACGGUUAACCACCUUUAUUUAUUUAGAUAAGUCACAGAAAGCUUGUCUUAAUUCUUUAACAGGAUUAG